CUGUGUAUGGCUGUCUCCAGCUUGCUCUCUGGGUACUUUGGCCACUGGCUGCUGUCUUACCGCCCCUCUUCCCGGGCUUGGGAAAGGAAGAUCCGGUGUGACCGCUAAAUAGCAAAUUAGAAUAACUUCAUCGAUAUCACACACACACAGGGGCAACUACAGCAACAACUUCCCGGCCAUACUGCGGGUCCUGACUGUCUGAUUAUCUGACACCGUCCUAGAGGGUGAGCUGUCAAUAUAGUAAUAUACAGCUGGUAUACAAUAAUAAUAUAUAAUAAUAACCCAGGGGAUAUAGUAUGUCAUUAUAGUAAUAUAUUGACAGCUGAUAUAUAAAAAUAAUAUAUAAUAACCCAGGGGAUAUAGCAUGAGAUUAUAGUAAUAAACUGACAGCUGAUAUACAAUAAUAAUAAUAAUAUAUAAUAACCCAGGAGAUAUAGCAUGUGAUUAUAGUAAUAUAUUGACAGCUGAUAUAUAAUAAUAUGUAAUAACCCAGGGGAUAUACCAUGGGAUUAUCAUUAUUAUAAACUGGUAAAUAACUGGGGCUAGUGUGAUUAUAUUAAUAAACUGACAGCUGAUACAUAAUAAUAUCUAAUAACCCAGGGGAUCUACCAUGUGAUUAUCAUUAUUAUAAACUGGUAAAUAACGGGGGAUAGUGUGAUUUAUAGUAAUAUACUGACAGCUUAUAUAUAGUAACCCAGGGGAUAUACCAUGUGAUUAUCAUUAUUAUAAACUGGUAACUAACUGGGGAUAGUGUAAUAAUAGUAAUAUACUGACAGCUGAUAUAUAAUAACCCAGGGGAUAUACCAUGUGAUUAUCAUUAUUAUAAACUGGUAAAUAACGGGGGAUAGUGUGAUUAUAGUAAUAUACUGACAGCUUAUAUAUAAUAACCCAGGGGAUAUACCAUGUGAUUAUCAUUAUUAUAAACUGGUAACUAACUGGGGAUAGUGUAAUAAUAGUAAUAUACUGACAGCUGAUAUAUAAUAACCCAGGGGAUAUACCAUGUGAUCAGAUGGGGGGUAAAAGAACACUAAAAAAGAGGGAGGGGAGAGGAACAAGGGGGGCACUAAGGCACAGGGGAGGGAAGGGAUAAGGAACAAUGGGGUAGGGUGGGAACCACUAAAAAAGAAGGGAGAUGAACAUUUAAGGAGAAGGGGGGGGGCACUAAGAGACAGGUAAGGGUGGAGAGGAACACUAAUGGACAUGGAGGGGAGGAGAGGGGAACACUGGGGGUCUGGUUGACUGGGGAGAAAGACACACAGAUGGGCCCGGGGGUGAGAAAGUUCACAGAGGGGCUGGGGAUAAAAGCGCCACACAGAAGGGCCUGGGUGUGGAAAAAAAAAGGGGCUGGGGGUGAAAGAGACACAGAGGGACUGGAGAACAGGAAAAAGAGACACAGAGGGGCCUGUGGUGAAAGAGAAACACACAAAGGGGCUGGGAAAGAAGGAGACACACAAAGGGGGUGGGGGUAAGACACACAAAAGGGGGUUGUGGGAGAUUUAAGGCACACAAUGGGAAAAAAAUGGGGAUAAGAUACACUAAAGGGGUAAGACAUUUAAAAAAGGGGAUAAGAAACAAAAGGUGGGCUAAGGGGCACACAGGUGAAGAUGGUUUUGAGGGGGGGUGCCAAAAUUAUCAUCUCCUGUGUACCCAAAAAUCCUUGCACCGACCCUGGUAGUGCCAUACCGUUAGCCUCCAUGGAAUAUAUGUACAGCUCAUCCCUCUUCCGGGUGGGGAUUUAAACAUCUGGAUGUCUGUUUACUUCUACACUAAUAACGUGAAGUCAGUGUGUUUAAAGUUGUGAUGCCUAUAUAGUUAAUCCUUUUAGGGGGUGGGGGUAGCCUAAAAUUAAUCAAGUUAAGGUUAAAGUGUAUUUUAAUAAUGACUGUUAAUAAUAAAAUACGCUAUUUGCUUUGAGUAAAAUUGAAAAAAAAAAAAAAAUACGCUAAAAUACACUUUUACCAUAAAUAUACUGACAGGUGAAAUUAUAAUAAUAAUAAUAAUAAUAUAUAAUCACCCAGGGAAUAUACAAUGUGAUCAUCAUUAUAAACUGGUAAAUCGUGUAUUUUCGUGUAAUAUACUGACAGGGGAUAUAUAAUAACACAAGGAUACCCAAUGUGAUCAUAAUCAUUAUAAGCUGGUAAAUAACAGGGGGUGAUGCAGUGGGAUUGCCUACGAUAUAUACUUAGAAAAUAAUAUAACAACACAAGGAAUAAAGUAUGCAAGGAUAUUUAUUAUACGGUGUGAAAUAACAAAGGGUAAACAGUGCUAAUAAAUGCAAGAUACAUAGAGAGGGUAGAUGUAGAAGCACAGGUAGCAUAUACAAUGUGAUAGCCAUUAGAUGCUGCGAAAUAACAGGAUAUACAGUGUGAUGACCUGUAAUAUGUAGUGAGAGGUGAUUUAAAAUUAUACAUGGAGUUUUUAUUGUGAGCAUCCUUAUUUUAUGUUAUGAAAAGGAGAGUAUAUUAUACACUGUGGUUAUUUAUGGCAUGGAAAAUAAAAGGGGAUAUGAAGUGUGAUUUCUUGCGAUGUAUACAGAGAGGUUAUAUAUAAUAACACAGGGAAUAUGCUACAUGAUCAUCCUCAUAUGUUGGAAAGUGAUGGUAUAUACAAUGUCUAUAUUCAAAGGCGUUGCUGCACACAAGUAAGUUCAUGUCUGAGAUCUGUGAAAGGGGGUCCACAGCCCACCAAGAGUAACUACAAAUAGAGCUUCACAGGCGUCAUGUAGGGUUAAUGCAUACCACCUUCUACUCAAAUGUUUAUUUAUCACAGUGUGUGGAACUUAAUAUUAAAAAUCUACUGUCUAAAGAGCUAAAGCGGUAGCCCAAGCUACUUGUCUUUCAUGACAAUCUACUUGUUGUCACACUAGACUUGUCACAAAUCCGUUUCAGCUGCGCUAAAAUAAAAUGCCUGUCAAUCUAUGAAUGAACAAAUCAAUUCAUUCAUAUCUUUUUUUUUUAAUCUUUAUUUUGAUUGCGCAUAUAAAGUUACAAAACAAAACAUGGGUAUUGUUUGCCACCUUUGUAUAACAGUUAAUAGUUCGAAAUAUGCAGGUAACAAAGUCUGCGCAUUUUUACAUUUAUCACAGUUGCACAACAGAAUAGGGUAACAAUAAUGGAUUUGAGGAGAUUUUGUCUCAAAGCGGACAAUAUAGUUUGUUCUAUUGAGUUCAAUAUAACUUCAAGCAUGGUAUAGUUUGCAGCUUAUAGUAAUGGGGGAACAACGGGGAAGGGGUAGAAACAGAGCAGGUAUUAGGGUGGUUUUGUGUAGCUGGUGGUUUAGACGGUGAUUAAGUGGCUCUAUUGCCUAGAUAAGUCAGCCAAGGUUGCCAUGUUAAGGUGUAGGUGGAGUAUUUGUUUGAGUAUGAUGCGUCUAGUUCUUCCAUGGUCCGUAUGAAUUCUACCUUUUGUAUCCACUCCCGCACUGACGGGGCCCUGGUGCUUUUCCAUUUCAACGGUAUCAACAUAUUUGCUGCUGUCAGCAAAUGGUUGACUAGUUUGCGUUGGAGGUUUGGAAUGCGGGUCGUGUGGACAAGGAAGAGGAAGGUUUCAGGUGAUUGUGGUAGUUGAUGGCCUGUUAUAGCCUUGAUUAGCCCUCCUAACCUCUGCCAGUAGGUUUGGAUGGUCGGGCAGAGCCACCAGAUAUGAGCUGUAGUUCCUCUGGGUUGCCCACACCUCCAACAUGUAUCUGACGCUGUUGGAAAAAUAGCAUGUAUCUUAGCAGGUGAGUAAUGCCAUCUAGAGAUUCUUUUAUAUGUGCUUUCCCUUACUGCGGUGCUAAUGGACGUGGUAUGGGCAUAGAUGAAUAUUUUAUGCCAUGUACCCAUUGGAAUGUUAAUCCCCAGCUCAGUUUCCCAUGACGCUGUGAAUGGGGGAGGAGGGGUGGGAUUGAUGGUGUUAAGGAGUCUAUAGAAUAUAGAUAGGUGCUUGAUUUGUAGGCUGUGUGUAGUACAGUAGGUUUCAAAUUUGGUGUGUGCUCGUGUUCCUCGGAGAAGGUGUGAUCCCCCCUUCAGGAAGUGUGACAGUUGGGCGUAUUGGAAAUAUUGCUGGGAAGUUGGGUGGUCUGUGGAUGCUAAGAUAGACAGCGGGGCUAUCCCCUUUGGUGUGAUGACCGUGCUGACCAUCGGGUAUUUUGUUUUUUGAGUCGGUGGGAACUGAUGGAAGAACUGGGGGUAAGCCCGGUAAAAAGUUGGGGUUAUGUGCUAGAGGGUAGAAGGGUGAGGGAUGUGGGGAGACGUCAGUUUGGUGUCUAAUGCGUGACCAUAUACGUAGUGUGGGCAUGAUCGUUGGGUGAUGAACGUGUUGUGGCCGGAGGAGAGAACGACCCUCGUCGUGCCAUGGGAUCAUACAUAGAGGGGAUUGGAACAUGGAGCUCUCUAUGUGUACCCAUUGUUUGAGUGGGUGUAUUGCAUUCCAUUCGUAUAUCCUAGUCAGUAUGACCGCCUGGUAGUAGCGUUCAAUGUGGGGUAGUCCCAACCCUCCCUGUUCUCUAUGUCUGGUCAGAACCGAGUAUGCUAUCCUCGGACGUUUAUUCGCCCAGAUGAAGGUCGUGAAGAUUCGUUUGAGUUUAGUGAAGAAGGAGGGGGGGAUUGUGAUGGGGAGUGUUUGUAGGAGGUACAGCACUUUAGGUAGCGUGUUCAUCUUCAAUAUGUUGAUCCUACAUAACCAGCUGAAAACCGGUCUCUGCCAGUCCCCUAUAUCUUUCGAUAUUGCCGUUAGAAGUGGUGUGAAGUUUAGAUCAUAUGUGUGUUUUAAGUGUCUGGGCAGGUGGACCCCUAGAUAGGUGAUGGACUUCUCGGCCCAAGUGAAGGGAUAUACAGCUUUAAGUUCAGUUUGUGUGCGUCUGUCUAUUCGGAGGGGUAAAAUUUCGCUUUUUGUGUAAUUGACCUUAAAGUUGGAUAGUUCUGCAUAAGCCUCCAGUUCUGCAAGCAGGGGUGGCAGGGAAGUGAGUGGAUCCAUGAUGGAGAAUAGUAGAUCAUCUGCAAAUGCAGAGACCUUAAACUCCUGUGGGUGGACAGUGAAUCCGUGAAUGUCGUCGUUGUCUCUUAUUCCCUGCAAAAAGGGUUCUAAAGAGAGGAUGAAGAGUAAGGGGGAGAGAGGGCACCCCUGUCUCGUGCCGUUGCUAAUGUGUACUGGGCUUGAUAAUUGGCCAUUUAUUCUCAAUUUCGCCGUCGGGGUAGAGUAUAUGGCUCCCAUCCAUUUCAUCCAAUUUGGGCCAAAGCCUAAGGCUUGGAGUGUGGCUGUCAGCAUUUUCCAGUCUACUCUAUCAAACGCCUUUUCUGCGUCUAUGGAUAGAAGUAGGCUCUGUCUUUGAGUGACAUGGGAGAGGUGUAUGAGAUUUAAUAGUUUAGUUGUAUUGUGUUUGGCCUCGCGUUUAGGGACGAAGCCAGAUUGGUCUUGGUGUAUUAAGGUGUGUAGGAUCGGUUGAAGUCGCGUGGCUAGAAUUUUCGUGCAUAUCUUUAGGUCUACAUUGAUGAGCGAUAUUGGGCGGUAACUACCGCAUUCAGUGGGGUCUUUGCCCGGUUUCGGCAACAGUGUGAUGUGUGCUUCUAGUGCCGAUGCUGGGAGUGGGAGCGGGUCUGUGAGAGCGUUAAAUGCCCUCAGGUAUGGUUUCGUCAGAAGUGUGGCAAAGUGUUUAUAGUAUUUGGCCGUAAGGCCAUCAGGGCCUGGGCUUUUGCCCAACGGUGUUGAUUUGAUCGCACAUUUUAAUUCGUCCUGGGUAAUAGGCAUGUCUAUGGAGCGGGCUACGUCCGCAGGGAUUGUGUUUUUGAGCCUAGAGGAAAGAAAACUUUCUAUGUCAGUUGUGGAGGGGGGCGAGUUCCUGAGAUUGUACAGUUUGGUGUAAAAUUGUUGAAAGGCUUCCAUGAUAUCUGGAAGGGUGUGGGAUAUUGUGCCUGUUUGUGUCUUGAUUUUAGGAAUGUAUGCAUUUUGUCUGGAUUGGCGCAGGGCAUUGGCAAGCAAUUUGCCGCAUUUGCCUCCCCUCGCGUAGUAGGAGUGUUUGGUGUUUAAGAGUUUUUUCUUGGCUUGGCGUUGCAGUAAUUGUGUCAGUUCUGCGCGUUUGGUUAUGAGAGUGUUAUACGUCAGGAGGGAGCUAUCCCUGGAGUGAGUAUGUUCCAGGGUCCUAAUUUCCCGUGUGAGUGCAUCGAUUCUUUGCAUCCUCUGUUUUUUAAGGGUAGCCAUGAUUGCCAGAAAUUCUCCCCGUAUGACACACUUGUGUGCCUCCCAGGUUAUGAUGGGGGAAAUGGAUGGGAGCGUGUUUUCUUGGAAGUAGUUAGCGAGAGCAGUUUCCACUCGCGAUGUGAUGGCGGGGUCAUUGAGUAGGAAAUCAUUAAGUUUCCAAUGAAAAGAUGUUAGCGGGAGUGUAGGAAUCCGUACGGCAAGAGACAGGGGUGCGUGAUCCGACCAGGUGAUCGGGCCGUAAGUGCAGGAGGUGGCCAGGUGUAAGUGAUCCUGGGGAAGGAAUAGCAUGUCCAGUCUAGAGUAUGUGCCCGAAGCUGUAGAGUAGAAGGAGUAGUCUCUAGUUUGAGGAUGCAUGGUUCUCCAACAGUCAUGUAGCCUAGCCUGAUCGAGGAGGUGUGAUACCUGCUUUCUUGUAGUGGUCUGGUAGUGUGUGGAUUGGGAGGUCGUGUCGAGGGUAGAGUCUAAGGACAUGUUUAGGUCACCACCCAGGAUUAACAUGCCUUCCAUGAAGGAUUCAAUUAUGCGGAGGUGUUUCUUAAGAGCCUUACCCUGGUGUCUAUUGGGCAGGUAUAUGUUAGCAAAGGUAAGCAUGUUUUGACCUAUCUGGCCUUUCACCAGGAUCAGUCUGCCCCCAUCGUCCGUUUUGUGGUCUUUGUAUGUGAAGGGGGUAUGUGCGGAAAAUAGUAUGGCCACCCCCCUGGCCUUGGUAUCUCUGUAGUUGCUGAAAAAACCUGUGGGGUAUGCCCUGUUUUUGAGAGUAGGGGCUAUGCCUUUUUUAAAGUGGGUCUCUUGUAUAAAGACCACAUCUGCUCUGAGUUUAUGCAUUUCCGUGAGAGUCAUGGAUCGCUUCUCAGGGGUAUUGAGGCCUUUCACAUUGAGGGUGACUAUCUUUAGAGUGGCCAUCGGGUCUGAGUGUGUGUGUGGCCCUUGCGGAGGGUCCGUCUUGCUCAUUGUGGGGUGAAAGGGAUGGGGGGGGUUGGGUCAGUUGUGAAAUUAGGGGAGUAACAAGGAAGAAGGGAAAAGAAAAAAUAUACAAAUACAGUAAAUAACUUAUAUACAAACAGAUAUUCAAUAAUUAAAUAGAAUUUAUAAUUAUCCCCUUAGGUUGUGGAAAGGCGCAGGUCUAGCCAGUCGCCCGUCGGCAGCCUGAGGGGAGAACCUCUGGUGUCGGACCCAAGGUGGGAUUUUGCCACCUGGGUGCGUCUGUGACACCGUGGUGUAGGUCGUGUCAACCUAAUACGAUAGGAGUUAUCAAGUAUGCAUAUGAUAGUAGUUAAACAGUGAGGGAGAGAAGCGGGGGUGGUCUUAGGUAGUUGACGUCAACCAAAAGCUCUCUUGAUGGAGCAGAAGGAGAAUUGGUUUACAGUCAAUCACCGCCAGAACACAAUCCGUUAACAUUAUUUACAACACAUCAAACAUUCAGGCAUGUGUAUCAGUAAUAGGAGUUAAACAUAUUAAACUGUGCCAAUGUCUAUGAGCCUUUUUUUUUUAUUUAUUUUUUCUCUUUUUUUUUAUAUAUUUUAGCUGACGGUUGUUCUUAACCUGUGUAGUGGGCCAAUAGGUGGGAUUGGAUUACCGUGCUACGGCUGCCCUCUGCCAACCCGGUUACCUGGUCCGCAGAGUGGGGGGUUGAUUAGUGCUAGAGAAACCUUGCUGUCUGGCCUGUAACCAUGUCCGCAUUGGAGGUGAUUAUCACUGCAAGCCGUUAUAUACGGUUACUCAUUAGUGGGAGAUAUUAGGCUGGAUAGGUCUAAAAGGGGAUAGUAGGUGAGGAAUUGUUGCUUCCUGCUGUAGUGAGCGCGUUAUUGCGAUAUAUAGGCAGCGGGCAGUGAAUACAGUCACCUGAGUCCCGGGAGGUGUGCAGGAGGCUGGGAGGAAGCGUGCUCUUCUACAGCCUAGCAGUGUAACGAGAAAGUCCAUUUCGGCCAGUUUGUGCGGUCGUCUGAGGCAGGUUUCAGUUAGUAGUUGGUGUCUUUGAGGUUUCAAGAGAGUUGUAGGUUGCUGGUCCCAGGACCUGGUCCGACAGCGGUUCAUGCCGUUUGCUCCGGGUUAGAGUCCAAUCACUGUUGCAUCGGGUCUCGGUUGUCCAUUUUCUUUUUCUUGGGUGUUUGUUGCCAUCUGGGUCUCUGUGGCAGCUGAGGGAGUAGUGGUGUUUGCAGCGGUCCAUACCAGUCUUGGAUGUGCGGAUCUGUUAAAUUGAGAGUCUGGAUAAAGAGAGGAAUGUCUGCAUGGGAGUGGAUGGUGUGCUGGGCGCCUUUGUGCGUGACGCUCAGCGCAAGUGGAUAUCCCCACCUGUAUCUUAUAUUUCUAGCUCUCAAUUGAUCUGUAAUGGGGCGCAAAAUCCUUCUAGCUUGUAGUGUCAGCCAGGAGAGAUCUGGAUAGAUUGUGAUUGGAGCUUCGUGGAACAGAAGGGGUUGUGAAUUUUGUUUCAGCGUGUUCAGUAUGUCUUCUCUGCAGGUGUGGUAGUGGAGUCUGCAGAUGACGUCUCUGGGUUUGUCUGUCGCUAUACCUCUGGGUUUCAACGCUCUGUGUGCUCUGUCUAGGAGAAUGUGGCUGUCUCCUGGUUUUCCUAAUAUAAGGUUGAAGAGUUCAUUUAGGGUUGCAUAAAUAUCUUCCUGCUCACAUUCUGGGAGACCCCGAAUCCGCAAGUUGUUGCGGCGCCCCCUAUUGUCCAGAUCAUCUAUAGACCUAUGGAGCGUGGAUAGGUAAGCAUUUUGGUGUUCCACUGUUGCCUGUAGGGAGCUCAAUUGUGUUUGUAUGGCGUCCCUGUCAUCUUCCAGAAUGACCACUCGGUCAGAGACCUGGCGGAUCUCUGAGCUAAAGGAGUCCAUCUUGGCCUGGACUGAGGCUUCCAGCCGGGUCAGCAUACCUGCAAUAUCCUGCUUGGAGGGUAAGUUCCUCAGGAUCUCCUUCAGGUCCCCUUCUGUUGGUGGGCCCGAGCUGUAUGAGUCCGCCGGGCUGGAGGGGGACAUGCAUAAAGGCGGGGAGUCAGCCGCCAUGUUGGGGCCUAGCAGGCCGGUAUUGCUGUCCGCCCGGUCGCGGAAAUACUUGGUGAGUGCUCCCGAUUUCCCCGACGGGGUUUUGCUGGGGGCUUGUUGGGACGAUGUGGCUCGUUUAGGGUGACCCAUCUUUGUUUUGUGCGGCCCGAUUAAGUCGGAUUGUGUUUGGCGUGGCCGGAGCUAAUUCAGAUCGCGGCCAUUCAGCAGCUCGGUUGGCCCCGCCCCCUCCUCAAGCCGGUUUUUAUGAAUCAAUUCAUUCAUAUCUUUGUAACAAGUUGAUGAAUUUGCAUUUGAUUCAUUCAGUGCAGAUGAAUGGAAUUUGUGGAUAAGUCUACCUUACACAGGGCCAUGGACAUUGACAGGAUUAUUUACCAAACUUCAAAUUUUCAUGAAUUAAAUCCAAAUGGAAAAAUUUAAAUUUAAAAAAAAGUAGAUCUGGAAAAACUCUUCAACUCUGCUUACUGUUGGAUACCGCCCCAUGGAACCCCACAAAUAAAUGAAAAUAAUUAAUAAAUGUGUAUAUAAUAACAUAAAGAAAAUAUGAAGAUAACACAAUUUUUUAAAAUAAAAGUUAUCCUCCGGUUAAAGCUCAAGGCAUAUAGUGAAUGCAGGUAGGUUCAGUCACACUGGUUCUAUACAUUUACCCCACCCUAGCCAUAAUCUAUAACCGCAAUGCCUAAUUCUCCUUUAAAACAAAUUCUUAGAAUUUUCUCCUCUUACAGUCGAAACCAACGAUCACCUCAAAUCAACGAUCACCUCAAAUUAUUUUUAAAGGAACACUAUAGUCACCUAAAUUACUUUAGCUUAAUAAAGUAGUUUUAGUGUAUAGAUCAUUCCCCUGCAAUUUCACUGCUCAAUUCACUGCCAUUUAGGAGUUAAAUCACUUUGUUUCUGUUUAUGCAGCCCUAGCCACACCUCCCCUGGCUAUGAUUGACAGAGCCUGCAUUAAAAAAAAAAAACUGGUUUCACUUUCAAACAGAUGUAAUUUACCUUAAAUAAUUGUAUCUCAAUCUCUAAAUUGAACUUUAAUCACAUACAGGAGGCUCUUGCAGGGUCUAGCAAGCUAUUAACAUAGCAGGGGAUAAGAAAAUCUUAAUUAAACAGAACUUGCAAUAAAGAAAGCCUAAAUAGGGCUCUCUUUACAGGAAGUGUUUAUGGAAGGCUGUGCAAGUCACAUGCAGGGAGGUGUGACUAGGGUUCAUAAACAAAGGGAUUUAACUCCUAAAUGGCAGAGGAUAGAGCAGUGAGGCUGCAGGGGAAUGUUCUAUACACCAAAACUGCUUCAUUAAGCUAAAGUUGUUCAGGUGACUAUAGUGUCCCUUUAAUAUAAUAAUACUUUCAUCAAGUUAUGAAAGUAAUUUUUUUUUUUAUUUUUUUUUUAAAUGUAAAUUUUUUUUGAAAAUCUCAUUCCUUCCUUUAGUAUAUAAUAGAUUCCUUAAGCCAUAUAUAUACACCUUGGGUAAGACAGUGUUUGAAAAUGGACAGUUAGUCUCUAUGGUCUUUCCUGCAUAUGUGCAGGGAUUGAAGCAAGGAAGACCAUAGAGACUAACUGUCCAUUUUCAAACACUGUCUGACCCAAGGUAUCUGUAGAUGGCUGAAGGAUCCUAUCAUAUACUAUAAGCUGGAAUUAGGUUUUCUCAUUCUUUUUACAUAUUUUUCAUAAAAAAAACAAAAAAUUUUCUUUUAAAACAUAAUGAAAGCUAUAUUAUAGUUACAAAAAAAAUAGUUUUGAGGUGACAGUUGUUCUUUAGUUGUAUGUGCACAUAUAUGUUUGCAUAUUCUGAAUACAUGCCAAAGGGCAGGAGCCCCAAGUAGGGUUGUAAAAAGCACCAGGUCUGAUUUUAUACACUGUUUUAUUGCUAGUUAUUUUUAUUUUUUCUCUGUAACAUUGAAGUAGAAAACUAUUUGAGAACAUCCCCACUUUAAUGCACCAUAUUUGGGGUUAUUUAUACAGCACGUUGUCAGGGUCGACUAUUUUGGGUGAAAGAUUUCAGUGCAAUGGGAGUAUGUUUGGGUAUAAUGCUGAACGUGUGGAGUUUAUAAAUAUCGGUUUGUAUCAUACAAUGAAUUCAAGUUUUGGUAUUAUAAUAUUCAUAGAACACGUUUAGGGUUAAACUUGGGAUGUGGUAUAGGGGGAGGUGCAGAAGGGACAAAUGUCAGUAUAUGUGGAUGGGGCUAUAAUAUUUAUUCCCUGGUCUUUAUGCCACUUAGGAUGGCCCUGGCUGUAUAUGAUAUUCAAACAUUUCCUCAAAAUCUACCAAUAGGGCUAAAUUUGCAGCAAAUUCAUUUUCGUUCACACAUAUACAUUUAAAGCACAUUUUAUAAGCUGCCCAUCAGCAUGAAAUGUGAUUUGUGCCCUGGCCAAUAUGAUUUAUCUGACAACCCAAAAUAAGAUCUAAAGUUAGGAUAUCCCUAGAGAUGUACAGGUGGCUUAGUGGAAAUUACUGGUCCACUCACCUGUGCUAAAGCCGAUAUUUGAAGUCUAGAUUGUUGGCGAGUUUUGAGAACAUGUUUUGGAGAACCCUGUUCUAGACCGGUCUGUAAUUAAAAUAAUUAUGUACAUACUUCAAGCACCAUAACUACGAAAGCAUGCCUGGACUGCACUGAAGUCUCCUUGUGUGUAGUCAAACUGUUUUAGACCGGUUUAGCUUAUUACCUGGGGUACAUUGGCCUUCGUUCCAUGUCUCUGUCUGAUGAACUGCAGGGCCAGAAAAAUCCUGGCACCAUAACCACUACAGCAAAUUGUAGAGGUUUCAGUGCUUGGAAUAUUCCUAUAAGCUAUGCACAACUUGAAUGAAUUUACAUUGACAGGUAAAACUGUUGUUUCAAUUAAUUGUACAUUGCCUACAAUUAACAUGCUGCUUGCUCUAACUUAUUUCAUUGUGUAUUAUAUUUUAGAAAUAAGAAUGUCUUGCAGAAUUUUGUAAGUUUUGUAAAAGAUUUAAUCAACCAUGGACAUCUCUCUUGAAGUUCUUCUAUCUACAAACAUAAAAAGGAAAACACCCUGCGCAAAGAUCUGUUGGCUAGGACAGGUGAGUCUCAAACUAUAGGACCUUUCAGAACGUAUCUGCAUUUGAAGAGUCAUUGUUCAGUAUAUUUCAACUAAACAUCGAUAUAGCAUACCUACAAAUAACUCCUGUUUUCAUGCGUAAUAUAUGACUUUACUACUCACGUAUUUGGUUCUAAGGUUGAAAAUGCAUACAAAAAACUUGUUUUUAAUGUGUCUUUCUUCAAAGAACCUUCUCUUUGUGACAGAUCUAUUUUUUUUUUUUUAGAAUUUCAAUAGUAAACAAGUCUUAAGUGUGAAGUUUCUUUUUUGUGCUGGUCCUUGGUCCCUUUGGGGAAAAAAAAAGUUAUUUUAGCAAGGAUUACACCUUAAAAGUGUCCUAAUGGGCAGAAGACUUUUUAGGGAAAUAUAAGUUUAUUUAUUUUUUUUAUUUUUUAUUAUUUGAUUUCUUUUUUUCAUCGAAAGGAUACAUAAAGAAGUGAUUCGGAAGGACACGCAGGUCCCCCGUCACUCCAGAAAGUGGCAUAGUAAAUCAUAUUAAGUAUGAUACAGUAUCAAUUCUUCAUGACUAGAAGCCAUUUAAUGUGUGAUUGGUCUACCGCCCUUCUAAAUGGAGUUAGGUGACCUUGUGUAAUAUGGAAGAGCAGGGACAAUAUUCAGAGUGUUAACUUAAACCGGCCUGUGUAGUGGAGUGAUAUGGGUGUUUUAUUUCUAUUCCAUGUAUAUGUGUGGAUAUAGGGCUUUCGGAAUGACCUCUCACCUCAUCUCUCAUCCCUCACCCAAUGCGAAGGGUAAAGCCAUGAUCAGGGUGGCUCAUGCUUUCCUCUGCGCUUUAUCCCACAUUCCUACGACCUGUUUCCCGUCUUCAGCCUCCAGACAGAAGACUUAUUAUACAUGUGUGGGGAUUAAAUAUCUUAGUGUGACUAUCAUGGAAGGUAUUAUGUAUUAUUGAUAUUCUCAUUUUUAAAAUGAGCACUGUACAAUGAGUGCAGGAGGUCUACAAAUAAAUGAACUGGCCAGGUCUGUCUCUUGUUAAUUAACAGAUCGAGACUUAGCUCCAGACGGUUUUAUUAUGUGUAUGUAUGUAUUAUUAUUUAUAUAUAUAUAUAUAUAUAUAUAUAUUUUUUUUUUUUACCAUGCAGCUUGUUUUUGCCACCAUAUAUAUUUUUAUUGCUGGAUCUGUAAACUUUCAUCUCCUUUUAUUUUCCCCAUAUGUGACCUUUUAUUAUGUCAUGUGUUUCCAUAUCUCUAGGAAAAGGAAUCUGUUUUCCUUGUGGAUGAAAAGCAGCUCAAUGAGAUCAAGCUACACUCUGGUAGUGUGAAGAAGACCACCUCACGUCUGCAAGCAGUGCUUAAUAAGAAGAGCGUUGUGACCCUUGCUUCAUCUCUCAACGGUGGAGUACUUUAUUAUAUUGGAGAGCCAUUCAUUCAUUAGAUAUGCUACAAAGUCACCGUGUAUUUUCUUCUUUUAUUUAUUUUAUUUUUUUAUACAGGAUGAGACAAUCAUCAGAGUAGGGUUUGAGGAGUCAAUAACUUUUUUUUUUUUGUUUGUUUUUUUGUUUUUUUUAAUAAACCAAUCUAAAUGAUAAUACAUUCAGUGAAUGCUUAUUGUAUAGAGAUUUGUUUGACCAGGUAUACAUAAUGACAUCUUUUAAAUGAGCUCCAUUUGCUGUUUAACAAACUUGGGCUUCUUUGAUUGCAUUGCUCAUAACAUUAGUUAAUGUUUGGCUCAAAUUUCUGCACGGAUCUUGUCCUUGAGCUGCUCAGGUGUACACAGUUUGUUCACGUACACCCACUCCUUCAGAUAUCACUACAGGAAGUAAUCAGUGCUGAAAAUUCAGGGUGAAUGUGGCGGCCAAAUAAUCUGGGAAUUCCAUGAAAUUAUCCGCUUGCUGAACAUUUGCAUCGGGAGGUCCAUUGUGGCCAUGGCUCUAUUGGCAGUAGACACAUCCUGUUGAAACCACAUUCCAGGAUUAUUUUCCACUAGAGAACAUAGAACAUUUACAAUUAUAUACCGAUAUAUCACAACAAUAAUAUCCCAUUUUUACUUAUUGCUCCUUUGUGAAAUUACCCAUCAUCAAUCUCUCAAGAAUCCAUUAUAAGAAAUAAGUUAUUUACCUGUCAAAUCAUACUCUGAAUUAUAUAUUUUAACAAUUUAGUAGCUAUGCUCUCUCCUCCACUUUCGAGGCACAGACUGUCUGUCGGUGGCUGUCCAAUCAGCAACUUCCCAGUGGAGCUCAAGCAGAAGUCUUUGCAAUGCAAGUGCUCUGAGCAAUUGCCUGUCUCUCGAGUUUAGCUCCACUGAGAUAAACAACCAGGAAAUCACAGGACUGGUUGUCCACUGUGGAUUUUUGAUAGGCCAAAUAUCCACAGCAGUCCAAAUUUAUAUUGAUUAUACAAAUGUGGCUUUAGAAGGUGGAUUUAUGGGUGCCUGCCAGAUUCACAGUUUUUGUUAAACCAUUACGAACAAAAAAUUCAAAAAUGGUGUUCACUAAGCUGAAGGUGUUCUAAUCUUAAGGGUGCCUAUUUAAAGAUGCACAGGCAGCAGAUGCCAAAGAUGUAGAACUUUACACACACAGAGUGAAUGAAAUGAAUCACCCAAAUGCCUUUUAGAACAUUUCAUUUUAGGUUAAUCUUAUAAUAUUUGUGAUAUAAUAGACUAGUGGGUCUAGCUAUGACAUGUUGCCCUACCACAUAUACUUUGUGCUUGUUUUGAUAUUGCAGGUAAUCUUAUUGUCCUAUCGUUAACCAAAUGCUGUAGCUUUGUAAACUGAACUCUUUGAAUAUUUGCAGUGCUAACAAUCUUAAGACAUAAAUGGUUUUUAAUCUCACUACCCUCUCUCAUACAGGAGCCUGGUUGGCAAGCUUACAUUUAUCAGGGGAAUUAUUCUUGUGGAAUAAGGAUUUUGACUGUUUGCAAACCGUGCCAGCCACUAAUGCAAUCUCACAAAUCCUCACAGAAGCACAAGGUAAGGCAUUUAUUCUAGGAACUUAAUUUACUUCAUUUUUUUUAAUUGUUUGAAUAGCACAAACCAGUUUGUGUGUUUCCUUUUACCUUGGUGAUGCUAAGUUACUGUGUUUGAUGCAGAAUAGUGUGCCUUUGCAAAGCAGUGCUGAGGAGUCCAGUCUCAUUAGAUUGUUAUAAGUUUUGCGAUUUCUUGUUUCACUUUCAGUGCACUCAUUGAAGCUGUACCUGUGUGUGUCCGAAGAUGGCAGCAGAGUUUUCUUGGCGACUCACACAGGUUGUGUCUUUUUGUGGGAACUUAAUGAGAAAAGAACGUGUUUACACCCUUCCAAAAGUCAUGUAGUGGCAGGAAGAUGGACACAUAUUGAGUCACAAGAGUCGGCGCUGUUACCCAGCAUUGAUGACAAAGAAGCCACAGUCCACAUAGCAUUUGUAAAAAAUGAGGUAAUUUUUUUUUUUUUUUUCAUAUAAAUUGUAAGAUUUUAUUACUAGAUCCAUUACGGAUAAUAUUAAUGUGUGGGUUGAUUCUAACCUCUAAAGGUUAGUAUUUUAUGUGGAAAAAACUUUUUAAGGAAAAUAAAAUUGUAACCCCUUUUACCUAAAGUGGAAUUAUCACUUCUCUGGAAGUCACACAAUUAAAUAAAAGUUUGAGAAUCACCUAUACCUUGUGUUAACCUUGUGAUGCUUGGUUUUCUUUUAACAUGUUAAAGAUUUAGCAGAUGACAUCACAGUCCAGUUCAGUCCAGGCAGGGUACAAAUUGCAAAUGAGGAGGAGACCAUAAAUAUUUAGCAUCAUUUACUAGUGAGAAUAAUGAAGUGUGGAUUUGCAGGAAUUCAAGGGAAUUUCAAGUUUUAGAUUUAGUGAAUCCUAAAAUAGCACAUAUAACUUGUGCUUCAUUUACUGAGCGUUACUUGGGAAAAUCAUUAUAUGCUUAUUUGGGGGAGGGGCUACACAAUAAAUACAGGUGAAUUUAAACAAUGCGAAGCGCAGCAGAAAAGGUUGGUGCUCUAUAUAUGCCCAAAAUAAUGGCUGUAUGGAUAUAUAAUCUCUUAGAAGGGCCCUAAAUCCUUUCUAUAGUUGUUUUAUGGAACAAAAAAUAUCUUUAACCCCUUAAGGACCAAACUUCUGGAAUAAAAGGGAAUCAUGACAUGUCACACAUGUCAUGUGUCCUUAAGGGGUUAAAGAAUGUGAUGUGAUCACAAAUCCUUUUUAAUUCAGAUUAAAGUUCUGGCACAGUGAACAUAAUUAACCAUUCUUGUAUCUUGUCCUGUAAAUGUGAUUCUUGCAGGUCCUUGGUGAUUGCUGCCUCUGUACGUUUGCAUUUUACUCUGGAGUGCAACUGGUGAUGACUUUUUUGGCUUUACGCUGGUUUGAGAAUGAUCUGAAGUAUAAUAGGUAAGGUUCAUCCGAGUAUAUUCUAUGAUAUGAGAGUUGUAUGGUGAUAAUACUAGCAAAAUCAUAUUAUAAAUAUAAAAUUGAUAGAUUAGCCUAGAGCAAUUUCAUUCUGAAAAUGCCUCAUCUCAUCAGAUGUCAGAAGUCAAGCCGGCUUAACGUACUUGUGAGUACGAGACCAACUAGGAGUCCUCCAUGUUGUAGGUUUUAAAAAUAAACAAACAAACAAUAUAGCUUAGACCAUAAGCUUUAUGGAGGGUUACCAUUGUACAAUGCACGUGGAUUAGUCUCCGAAUAGGCUGCAUGCAGAGCUUUCUACUAUGGCCGUUCUUUAAUUCAAAAGCCAACUGUAGCUAAAACAUAUGGUGGCAACAUCCUUAACGGUCACAUUAUAUAAAAAGGUGCUUUAAACUACUGACCACAUUUUCUAGCGGACCUGAGAGGUAACAGGAUUCAUGAAUUUUAUCAAAAGAAUGCAUAAAUGAGCGAACACUCCCUGAUGUUUUAAAAUAUAGCGCUCAUUGCACUGUUUAGUGUACUGCGUGCGCAAAAUAAAGGCUAUUAAAUACUCUCCCAAGGUUAAAAUAAUUAGGUCCUUCAUAAAACUUAAUCUUGAAUCCUUUCUAAAUGACAUCAAGAACCUCCCAUGGCACAGAUUAAACAUUAUCCCAGAUCUAGACUGUGCUGUUGAAUUCCUUCAGUCUGAAUUUGCAUGCCCCUCUGCCUAACGUGAGGGUAAAAGGAGCACAUAUGAACUGGAUCACAGCUGAUCUCAUCCAAAUGUACCAGUUUCGGGAUUCUUUUGUGGUCAAAGUUCAAGCGUACUGGCUCUAUGAAUGAUCACUGUGCAUAUAGACAAUGGCGAAAUAUAUACACAAAACAGACAAAACAGACAAAAUUGGCCAAGGCCCAAUAUUUCUAUGAAAAUCUGAACAAUAACAUCUGAAACCCUAGAAACUUUUGGAAAGUCAUAAAUAAACUACAAACUACAAACUCCCCCAAUCCACCCCCAACCCUCCACUGUCAAAGUGGAUAACCAAACCCUGCAACUCACCUUAGAUGUAGCAAAUGCCUUUAACAAUUAUUUUGUCGGAUGCUCUUCUGCCCUGAUUGCCAAGCUAAUAAAUGACACGCAUCCUGCAACUACAAAUGUGGAUCAGGUCCCACUAAAUUUGCAAAGGCCCAAUAUAGACAAAUUCAUUUUUAGACCUGUACCUGUUAGUGUCAUUAAAAAAAAUCUUCAUAGGGGGGCGGAGCCUGACUGCUGAACAGAUCAGACAUGUCUCGUCUGAGCUCCAGGAUCUGGGCCAGAAAAUCGGAGCCAACUCGGUGCCACAUGCCGCUACCAACCCCAAUUGGACCCCAAACUGUCCACAAGAUGGGGACACACAAGAUGGUACCACACAUAAUAUGGUACAGCACCGGAGUAACCCGACCAAGGCCUGGGGCCUACGAGAGCUUGAGCCGGGGAGGGACGGCCGCCAUACUGGGUUCCAUGCCAGCACCUAUGCGGCCUUCAAAGAAAGCACUCAACCCACGAGCCGCAGAAGCAGACCCACAGGAGUGUCCACGGCUACGAAAGAAGCCUGCCGGGUCUUUUCUACCGGGUCCCCAGAGACACUAUAUGCCCAAUUCAAAGGCUAGACGCUUUUUCUGGACACUAUGUUGGACACUUAGACGCUGCUCCAGUGUUACACAUACUUAAACAAAACGGUACCAACAGACGCACAGACACCAGGACUAACACAGCAACAAACCAGCACAAAAUAGGCAGAGACACACAUAUGCACAACCCAAGACACUACUCAAGACAGACACGCACUACCGCAGACAACUACAGUACACACAAGCCCUGACAAACUCAUCUGAUACUAACCAAGAAGACCCCAGACCUGUCCAGAAAAGUGAAGGCAGACUAACACCACACAAUCUAUGAUGGCGCCCGAGGUAGACCAAGCUAGAGUUAAACCACUUUACCCAAGCGAUACGCUAGAAACCGUACAACCAUUUGCUUAGAACCUAUACACGUGUAACUAUUAACCAGGCAAAUCUCAGUGAAACCAAAUGUAACCUAAAAUAUACCUGUGUUCAUGCUCCCACUGUCAAAUCUGUCAAUACUGGCGAUGAUUAUAACAGGAGCACCACUUGCCUAAGCUUAAUACUCUACUAUUACCAUUAUAAAAAUUGUGCAGACAUUAAUGUGCCAUAUGUGAAAUAUAUGUUGUAAUUGUGUACGUGACUGCUAUUGUGGCACCACGGCUCAUUUGUGAAAUCUUGCACACAAAAAUAAAGAAUUAAAAAAAAAUUACCAAUUCAAAAAAAAAUCUUCAUAAUCUAAAAAUGAAAAACCAGUCCGGACCUGAUCAAAUCCCAGCAAUGCUGUUGAAGCUCAGUGCGCCGGCAAUUGCUAAACCCGUCGCAAUAUCAUUGCUCCCGGUAUUGUCAAAAAUCUUAGAAAAAUGUGUCCAUAUGUAACCAUGUGAGUAUUACCAACAAUCAAACUAUCUGACCCCUGAUCAAUCGGGCUUUCGCCAGAAUCACUCCACUAUAACUGCCCUCUUAAAAGUUUUCAAUGACAUCCAAACUGUCAUGGAACAAGGAGACCUAACUGGAGCUAUUUUCCUUGAUUUUGCAAAGGCUUUUGACACAGUAGACCAUGACAUUCUACUGAAAAACUCAAAAACUCAGUUAUUGGUGAUCGUUCGCUAACCUGGUUUCGAUCAUAUGUAUCGGAUCGCUCGCAAUAAGUGUCCAUUUCUGACAGCGACUCCCUCCCUCUCCCAGUCACGUGUGGUGUUCCCCAAGGUUCCAUUCUCGGCCCUCUAUUAUUUACAUUAUUUAUAAAUGAUCUGUGUAAUGUCUGCAAAUCCUCAAAUGUACACAUGUACGCAGAUGACCCAGUAAUCUAUGUGAGCAAAUCCAAUCUACCGCAGCUUGGGACUGCUCCAAGAGCAGUUUACAGAGGUAGAAAAGUGGAUCGCAAAAAACAAACUCUUCCUGAACACUGACAAAACUGUCACAAUGAUCUUUGGAACAGUACCUUAAUUACACAAAUUACACAAUUCCCACCUAUCAAUCAAAACAAAUUCAAAUGGCACGCUGACCGCAGUCCACUCUUUCAAAUACCUGGGUGUGAUGUUAGACCCCAAUCUAUCUUUUGGCCUGCACAUAGAAAAGCUUGCAUCUAAACUUUAUCCAAAACUAGGUGCCUUGUACAGAAACAAAUCCUGCCUAAGCCCUACAGUAAAGGAAAAGAUUGUACAGCAAAUGCUAACGCCAAUCAUUGAUUAUGGGGAUGUAGUAUAUGCAUUUGCAUCGCAAUCCUACAUUUAUAAACUCAACACAUUGUAUAACUCAUUCUGCCGAUUUGUGCUACAAUGUAAUUACAGGACCCACCAUUGUGACAUGCUAAAAGAACUAAACUGGCUGUCGCUGGAAUCCAGACUCACCCUUCAUCUUUCCAGCCUUGUGUUUAAGAGCUUUUCUGGGAAACUCCCACCCUGCCUGAAAAAAAUACUUUCCCCAGCUGUUCCCACUUCCUAUAACCUUCGAUCCAGUACCAACACUUUACUUAGUCUACCUCAAUACAAAAAGAAAGCAGCCCGAUCCUCCUUCUCCUACAGAGCACCGCAAUUGUGGAACAACCUCCCGCACAAUUUAAAAUCUUCCCUAAGCCUAAAGUCCUUUAAGAGAUCCCUCUCUACAUACCUCAAAACAGAAUGCACCUGUCAUGGUUGAUUAUAUAUUUCCUACCUGUUCUAUGUUAAAUUUUGUAUAUAUUGUAUAUAUUAUUUCUUUCAAGUCAUAAUGCCCCUUAUCAUUACACAUUGUACAUUUUUUGGUGCAUUUAAGUCAGUGGGGACUGUUCCAUUGAGCUCUGAAUUGUUGUAGAGUGAAAUCUCAACAGUAUAUUUCAGGUUACGCUUUAGCCAAAUUAUGAACAUCGUUUGGGAUCUAUUUUAUCUUAAAUGUUACCAUUCACUACAGCUUGUUUUAUUGUCUAGUCACUACAAUUUGUAGUUGAUUCUUGGGUUGAUUUUACGCCCUUGUUUGCAACCGUUCUUAUUUGUUGCUAUAUACAAAUUUUUGAUAAUUAUAUUUUUUUGGGCAAAGAAUGGAAACUAUCAAUUUUAACACUACAAGUAUCUGUAUAUCACUUAAUCUUUUAGUUCACUACCGUACAGAAUCCAUUGGGCACAGCAGAACUGUUCUCUAUCCACUCUCGUCCCUCCGUGUGAGCCAGUGAAAUCGAGAGGAGCCCUAAUUGCCAGCUUUUCAUCAGAUGGUUUAGUUCUGGCUUUGGCAAUUAAUCAAAAAGAUCCCUUGGUAAAUAUUUUGCAAGAUGGGAAGGAAAGAGGGGUGUGUGUGUGUGUUGUCUGUGUCCGUGUCUGUGUGUCAUGUCCAGAGCGCAUAUACACAUAAAGUACAAUGUUAUAUAAUGUAAGAGGAGACAUGUACAGUACAGUUAUUAAUUAACAAUGUGUUCAGUUGCUUUUUGAUUGAAGGUUCAUGGAUGCCGAUAUUUUCAAGGUCUUCAAACUGGUGCAAACUACUGAUGUUAUGGUGUUUUUAUUCAUGUAGGCAACUCAAAUCCUGUUUAUAAACACAAUGAACUUUAUUACUAUCCCAGGACAUCUGAGGGGCUGUAGCAGCAAAGGACAACACAUUCCAUCAAGGUUUCUGCGGUUAGUUGAAUCACACCUUGUAUAAUCGAAAUUCACUUAAGGUUGAUGUGUAAUUAAUAAUUGGGAUAAUUGUUUCUUUCUCUUAUCAGCUCAUAUUGGGUGGGUGAUAUGUCCUGGACAGCAGAUAACCUGUUCCUGGCAUGCAUGUUAAAGCGUGGUUCUCUUCUCUUACUGACGCGUUUGGGUGAGUUGCUCACGCUAACAACUUUCGGUUGUUCUGUUGAGUUUGGACCUGCGGAGUUCAUCCCACUUCACCCAUUGAUCACCUACAGGUUAGUGUUUUCUAAAUAUGGCUUUAUGUUCAUGGCACCAGUUCAUAAAUCAUUUGUAGAAGGCAAUAUGAAUAAAACCCAUUUUUAAAAUAUGUAACAAUCAAGCCUUGAAUAGUAACUUGUUUGCAAUAUCUACCCUUUUGUUCAGUAAAUGUGGACUAAUACUAAAUAAAGCACAGGUUGUGCUCCUUACAUGCAUUGCUUAAUAAAUUGCAAGGUACAGUUUUCUUUUAGGCAACGUAAGAUCAGCAAAAAGUAUGUAAUAUAUUUUGUAGUUCCAUAGGACAAAAAAAAAUAUAUAAACACCACUAGAGCUGUGUGCAUCAUAGGAAUGGUUGGAAUUUAUUAUUUAUAUAAUAGAAGUUCAAUAUGAAAAGGUCAAUCUAAGCAAACUAUCUACUGCAGCCUGACCAGAGUCAAACGGGUUUUCAAAAUGGUUUGACAAUUAGUCCCCAUGGCACCUGUGAUCAAGCUUCCUUCUCAUCGGAACGUGUGCAGGUUCUGUGUCCGUGUUCUAAAUAUCAAUUUUGUCCAACUUUCCAAGGAAUUCAUUGGCGGAAGAGAGUCACCCAAUGAAUUUUGUCUAAAGACUGAAGGAAUUGAUUUCACUAAUGCAAAAGUAAGAACUUCUGUUUCACUUACUGGGACCCCAGUGAGCGUCAAACUGGUCAAAAACGAUUUGACUUUCAACAGUAGACAAUGCCACAGGACUCAUGCAUCAUAAACAAUAGAAUAGGCAGUAGUGAUUAUGCUAUUUGAAGUGCUUAUUUAACCCACAAUGCACCUAUUCUGACGAUAAAAUGGCAUGCAGAUACUUUAUAUUAUCUCAUUCACUGUUGCAUCCAUACUAAAUGUGAAGGAUAAGGCCUGCCUCAACAGAUAACCUUCACCACUACCGAUAGUAAACAACUCAUUAUUGCAAGGAAUCUAUAGCCUGGACCCAAAUAGGUUACUUGUUCUGAAUCCAUACAAAAAGGAAGGACCUUUUUAAAGUAGAGCUGAGAGACACCUUUCUGAUCAUAAACUGCUGCUGAUUAGAUUAGGCUCAUGCAGAUGCAGUCAGUACACACCCCUAAUCAGAAAGUGAUAUACUACAUUAUUUACAAGGAAGGACAUUGCCCAUAAACUAGAAUUCCAUAGCGCUGUACAGUGGGUGGACUAGCAAACAUGUCAUUUUAACCAGAGGAGUUGAGGGCCCUGAUUAAUGCGCUUACAUGCUAGAGGGAGUGGGGUAAAGUGACCUAAAAGUUAAGGGAAGUAUUAGGGAAGUAGAUUGUUAGAAUAGUAUUCAUUGAAGACUUUUUUUUUUUUUAACUCUUAUAUAAUGGUAAUGACUUAGGCUACACACCACAUAAAAAAUAAAUAAAAUGAGAGUCAAGGGCCCCCGCUGAAGAAAUUUUAAAGGAAAGUAAAGACAGGGCCUGAUUUAGUCAGGCCCUGAUUAAAGGAGCCCUUUAGGGUCAGGAACACAAACAUGUAUUCCUGACCCUAUAGGGUUAAAACCACCAUCUAGCCCCCUCUUGCCUCCCUAAAUAUAGUAAAAUCUUACUUUUAUUCCAGUCUGGAGCUGCAUGCUUUGUCCCUGUUUCCUUUAGACCUGCCCACUGCCUGCUGACAAUCACAAUGCUUCCCCAUAGGAUUGGCUGAGACUGACUAAGACGCAGAUCAGGGGCAGAGCCAGCACAAUUCAAACACAGCCCUGGCCAAUCAGCAUCUCCUCAUAGAGAUUAAUUGAAUUAAUGAAUCUCUACGAGGAACGUUCAGUAUCUGCAUGUAGUGGGUGGAGACAAUGAAUGUCUGGAUGCACUUUAGGCAACCAUGACCCAGGAAGGAUCUCUAACAGCCAUCUAAGGAGUGGCCAGUGAAGUUAUCGCUAGGCUGUAAUGUAAACACUGCAUUUUCUCUGAAAAGAUAGUGUUUACAGCAAAAAGCCUAAAGGUAAUGAUUCUACUCACCAGAACAAAUUCAAUAAGCUGUAGUUGUUCUGGUGACUAUAGUGUCCCUUUUAAAUGUUAACUAACCCAUGAACUGUUCACUGUUUCCAACACUUAUAACAUACUGGCCAGUAUGUGCAAUAUCAACUGUAAAAUACAAAAAUAAAAAUGGUAGAAAAAACAUCCCAACAUUUGCGAUGCAUUACAGUCAGCCUAGUCCAAUAAAGCCCCAAGGAACAAAUUGGGGGGGGAUGUUUGACCCAUCUCAGGUCUGCUGUGCCAAAGACAGCGCUCAGCCAGAGCCGAUCUAUGAGAGGCCCCAGGCCUGUAAGAAGACGUUAAUGUUCACAAUAUAUUUUUUAAUCUUUCUCAGCCAGUACGGAGUGAGGCUCGCCUUGCGCUAGGAAAUGCCUGGUGCAUGAAGGAGUUUAACCCCUUAAGAAGACACAACUUCCGAAAUAAAAAGGAAUCAUGACGGAAUAUUUCGAUCAUGUAUCCUAAAGAGGUUAAAUGUCUCCUAUAGACAGUUUGUCCAUUGUAGAGUGCUUCUGCAUAGGUCUGAUAAAACAUAACUUUGCAUGUUUCAAAGUCAUAAGGGUUCUGAUGCCCUUUCGUAGUUUGGAAUGUUUCCCCAUAUCUCCAGGGAUGAAGGGUGAUCGUAAAUAGCCGCAAACGUGACGUGAAUUAGGUUAGAAACAUCUUUAAAGUGCAGGCAGAUCUUAGCUCCGUGGAGAUGUGACCUCUCUGUAAGCUGGUUGCUCCACCCUCCCUAGGAUAUUUCCAUUUAAAAGAACUCCUAACACUUAAUACAUACUUUGUGCCACACCAGCCAAUUGUCACAUUGUUUAGGGGUCUAUAAAAACCGCACACAAGGGAGUGUUAAUUUUUCCUAUUUGACUAGAUUGUCUAAUGAGAAUCAUUUCAGCCUUUUCACAGCCCCUUCCUCUGUUAACAUGAUUUAUUUGUGUUAUUCUCAGCACUUCAUUCAUUCCUCUUGUCACUGCCAUUAUCUCUGGAUUUAUUGUAUUUUUUUUUUUUUUUAAUCUUACCUUAAAGGGAAAUAAUAAUUGGAAAUGUUUUAUAUAAUGUUAAAAGGAAAAUAGACCCCAAUUACAAUCUUCAUUUUGGAACUAUACGUUAGGUUUCCUUCUGCCCAUCCCAUUUUCUUAAAAAAAAAAAAAGUAAAGUAUCGAUUACUCGACUCUUUUCCAGUGCCGGGACUCCUCCGCUGCAGCUGUCUGCUCCACCUGUGAAGAUGUCCGCAUACCUGCUGAAGUCUCUAUGAUUUCUUCCAAUCCAUUGCUGGUACGCGUGACCAAACAUUGCCCUCGUCCAAUCAAAUGCUGCUACCAGCAACAUUUGAUUCCCAGACCAACCUUCACUUGGUAUGGAGGAGGAGUAGGUGGAUUUAAUCCAGCAAUGUAAAUUAUUGCAGUUUCUUUAAAAAAAUUAAACUGCAGUGUUUUACAUUGCACGGUUAAAAUGACAGGGCCACUUUUACUUAGAUGAAGUGGUCUGGUUUACUACAAUGUUCCUGUAAAGGGACACACAUGACCUCUAAGGCAUUGCUUUAUGUGUGAGUAGUGUGUGUGUUAUUUUGGGGGUUUUUUUUCACAAAAAGUGCAGACUUCCGUAGAUAUUGGCAAUUUUAUACAUUAACCCUGUUAUCCCACCUGGCUGUCAAUCAGAUAACCGGUCCUUUUUACUACCUAGUUGUUUAGCUCAGUGAAGCUAAACUGAGGAGGCAUGCAACGUCCUUGCAAAGACUUGCAUAUAGGCAUUUUAAUUCCUAUAUAUUACAAUUUUACAUCCUUUAUAUCAAAAGAGACAGGUGUCAUGUCUAACUUUUCUGUUGAAAUGGAACCAAAAGGUUUUUAGAACUAAAACACAAUUCUGAUCACUGUUUCUUUGCGGUAUACAAAGUGUAAAGUUUUGUUUUUGGUUAAACCCUUUCACACCCCCAAAAACAAAACAAAUGGAUAGUUUACGUGUGUUGCCAAUAAGAUUGUUUUAAUUUUCUUUUCUAGAGCUCACAAACACAUGUUUUACAGUUUAUAAUCCAGAUUAGUUAAAAUUUGUAAAACAUUAACAUUCUGGAUUAUUUAAUUUUAUCCCUUAAGGGUAACAGGCACAAUAACCACUUUAUUUUAUUUCAUUGGAGUUUCUGGGUGCCAUUCUUUAUUUUAUUUUAUUGUUUUACCAUCUUUAAAAGUUUUAACACUGAAUUAGGGUCUUCAACGUACUUUGAUGGAAUGGCAAAGAUGGAGUUACUCUGCAUUAUACUAUACCAAAUCACUCCAGUGAUAGUGGGUAGUGAGAGGCCAAGAGCAAUAAGCUGAAGCGUAUCAAGUACUUGCCAGACAACCCGUCAACAUACAAACCACAGAUGCGUUUUUGUUUAGUUUUUUUGUCUUUGUUUUUUUUUUUUUUUUCGUUUGCACUUUUCUAAAUGAAAAUUUCCCUUUAAGAAAGGACCCUCUUCUUUUUUCACAUUUCUAUUUCUCUCUUUCCAAUCUGUUUUUCAUUCUUCAUUUUUUCAUUCUAGCAUUCUUCUUUUCCUUAUUUUGUCCUGAUGACAUAAAACAUUUAGUAAACAUGUAAGUACAAAUUAUGUGUGUACAAAGUCUUGCCUAACCUGCAUAGACCAAGCAUAGGAAUUCUAAUACCUUUUUUUUUUUUAAAUGUAUAUAUUUUUUUUAACUAGAAGUUAUUACUUGCCUUUCUAGCACAUACGUAUAGGGUUUCAGCAACAAUCUUUGCUUAAGUCAAAUUGAUCCGUUAGAAUAUCAGAUUGCCCUUGGUGAUGAGAACAAACUGGUUUGUUAGUCGUGUUAAAUUUAUAUAAAUCAGUUUCAAGUACUACCAGUACAUUAAUAUUAUUUUUUCUCUAACGUAGCCAUAGCAAGCAUAACUGGAAUUACCACUUGAAUAUCUGACCGUUUUUUUUCAUUGUGGAGGUUGCCAUCUUGGAUUUGCACCAUAUUUUUAUAUAAGUCCUCACUGGAUAGUCAAUCUGAAAAUGUUUCCAGCGUACAGGAAAUGGAGAUAUUAUUUCAGCCCUCUGAUGUGUUAAUGAAAAGCAAAGUUUAGCUAAAAAUAUUAUUACAUUAUUUUAUUAUAAUUUUUAAUAUCAGAUCUAUGUCAACAAUAAUCAAAUUGCACCUUCUAAUAAUGGUAGUACCAUAAUAUAUACCACUUAUUUAAAAUCUCUGACAGAUCAAAUGUUAAAUCGCAAUCUGGCAUCGGUAUAUGUUAUGUUAUUUUUGAAUUGUGACAAAAUGUUUUUUUGUUAUCCUUGUCAGGCCUCCUGUUUCAGUUCUGGAGUCUCAUGAUCCCAAUAAUUCAUUGGGUUCAACUAUAUCGGUUACUGACACAAUGAGACAGAGGUAUUCUGUGACCUGUCACCCGCGAUUACCUUACCUUAUAGUCUCUGAUGGCUACAUGUUCACUGCACUUCGAUUUGCAAAAAAUGUAUCGUCCUAUAAUUUUAUGAAGUCCCUUCUGCUGGACUCUGCGCAACGACUGGAAAGUGUACGUCACAGAUUGCAACUAGUAAAGGUAUUGGUCAAGAGGAAUACUCUUCUACUUUAUCUGCAGUAUCAACAUAUUAUUAUUAUUAUUAUUAUUAUUAUUAUUAUUAUUAUUAUUAUUAUUAUUAUUAUUAUUAUUAUUGCCAUUUAUAUAGCGCCAACAGAUUCAGUAGCGCUUUACAAUAUUAUGAGAGGGGGAUUUAACUAUAAAUAGGACAAUUACAAGAAAACUUACAGGAGCGAUAGGUUGGAGAGAACCCUGCUCAAACGAGCUCUAUAUGAGUCUAUAGGAGGUGGUGUAUGAAACACUUUAGGGCAGGAAAUAGCAAUCAAAUAAGGUGGGAGUGAAGCAGAGCUGGAGGAGAGAGUAGUGUGCUGCCCUAUAGGAGAGAGCAAGAGACAGGUGUGUAAGGUAGAGGUUACUCUGGGAGGCCAUAAGCUUUCCUAAAGAGAUAGGUUUUAAGGUACUUCUUAAAUGAUUGAAGUCUAGGGGAGAGUCUGAUUGGGGUAGGCAGGCUAUUCCAAAGGAAGGAAGCCACCUGCGAGAAGUCCAGCAAGCGUGAGUUGGCUGUACGGGUGCGAGCAGCGGACAGGAGAAGAUCACGGGCAGAGCGGAGAGACCGAGAAGGGGCAUACCUAGGGAAGAAAUAUAAGAGGGGAUAGAAUUGGUCAGUGCUUUAUAGGUAUGGGUUAGCACUUUGAAUUGACUCCUGUAGGAUACAGUAAGGACUGACAGAGGGGUGAGGUAUAAGAGGACCGACUAGAGAGGAAAAUCAGUCUGGCUGAAGCAUUCAUUACAGACUGUAGCGGGGCAAUAUGGCUUUUGGGAAGACAAAUUAUGAGAGGGUUACAAUAAUCCAUGCAGGAAAUUACUAGAGCAUGGACAAGCUCCUUGGUAGCAUCUUGCGUAAGAAAGGGGUGGAUGAGGGCUAUGUUUUUUUAGAUGGAAUCUACAGGAUUUGGCAACAUACUAGAUGUGAGGCUCAAAGGUGAGGCCAGAAUCAAGUAUGAUGCCAAGACAGUGCGCUUGCAAGGAUGGACUGAUGUGGAUACCACUAACUUGAAGGGAGCAUGAAAGAGGAGGAUCAGUAUUAGGAGGAGGAAAGACAAGGUGCUCAGUUUUAGAGAAAUUGAGUUUCAGAAAGCGGGAGGAAAGGCAAGCAGUGACAUGUUGCAGGAUGGCAGGGAAGAGGUCUGGGGAGGAGAGCUAUAUCUGUAUAGAUUGUGUGAGUGACAUUUUUUAUCUAUACAUUUAAAAAAAAUUUUUUUUUUUUUUUUUAGGCUAGAUUUGCAAAACGUGAUUAUUUUGAGUUCAUCUUUUCCUCUCUGAUUUACCCGGCCUAUAAUGAAUUUGUUUAGCAUCUGCUUUGCACAAUGUCCUUAAUUUUCAUUUACUGCUUCAAAAGCACAUACGUUCAUAUCUCAUUUUAUCCACAUUCCGAGCACUGAGCAUUUGCAGUUAGAUAGCAUUUCUCUGUCUGCGGAAGAUGUGAUGAUCUUCAUGCUUUAGCGAUGUUAAAGGGACACGCCAGGCACCCAGACCACUUCUGCCCUUAACCCUGCAACUGUAAUUAUUGCAGUUUUCAUAAACUUUGCAGGGUUAAGUCCUCCCCUAGUGGCUAGACAGCAACUAGAGGGCACUUCCUGGUCCAUAGCACAGGUUUUCAGUGCUAUAGCGUCGCUGGACGUCCUCACGCUAUGUGAGGACCUCCAGCGUUGCUAAAAUCCCCAUAGGAAAGCAUUGAAAAGCAUUUUCAAUGCUUUCCUAUGGAGAGGUCUAAUGCGCGUGCGCGGCAUGGCCGCGCAUGCGCAUUAGGUCUCCCCAGCCGGCGGGCGGGAUCAGUCUCCUCUGACGUAAUGAAGGGGACGAGCGGCGGCGGAGGAAGAAGCAGCGAUGAGGAAAAUCAUUGCUGCCUUUGGUAAGUGACUGAAGGGGUUUUCACCCCUUCAGCAACUGAGGGUGGGAGGGAGAGGGGGCCUGCAGUGCCAGGAAAACUGGUUGUUUUCCUGGCACUGGAGUGUCCCUUUAACUAAUGCAGCCACUUUACAUGCUUCUAAAGGCAAUGGGUCGAUUCAGCCCAUGGCAAAAUGUCACAUGAGAAAAAUAAAAUAUUUUAUCCCUCAAAAUAUCAUGCAUAUUUGAUCAGGGCAGUACAAACACAUACGCAUGCCUUUAUUUAGCACUAUACACAUCUUUAACCCCUCCACUACCAAGUUAUCUCCAAAAAAAUUUACACCAAGAUCCAUAUUAUCUUCUGUUCUUUAACCCCUUAAGGACCAAACUUCUGGAAUAAAAGGGAAUCAUGACAUGUCACACAUGUCAUGUGUCCUUAAGGGGUUAAAGAAAUUUGUAAUUUAUUUUUCUCGUCAAUAUGUAUAAAUAGCAAUUCACAUAAUAACAAUGUCAAAAUUGAUUUUUAUUGAAUGUACUUUGAGCAUAACAUCAGCAUUAAUGGUAUCAAAGAAAAGGAUCUAAAAAAAAAGACAUGCAGGGCUUGCAUGACAAAAUAAAAAUAACAGCUUAGCUGUUUAAGUUACCUUUAAUAGGUCAAGAAGAGAGAGCUAGCAUUCCAUUAGAGAGUGUUGGAUACAGUGUCCAGUCAAAUCCCAAAUACGAGGAAGGUAGAAGGCUGCAGGAUUCUAUGUGAGCUACAUCAUUGUAUGCGAGAAGGUGACCGACUUCUAGUCUUGCUGCCUAUCUCCCAACCCUGCCCAUUCUUUAGGGACAGUCGGUGGUGGAUAUCUCUGUUGUCCCAGAAUGAGUUGUAGGAUCGCUAGUAAGUGGAAAUGCUGAAUCGCUGAGCCCUAAAAUGUAGGGGAAACAAAAUUGAGUGACUUGAGCAGGGUCACUACAGGUUAAAAAAUGUUCCUCUGAGGCAGCUGACAAAUGCAAAGACCAGAAUACAGCAUUGUGUGUUUUUUUGCAAGCUACUAAAUGUUGAGAUACUUGUGUACACACAUUUGGCCUGUUGAUGCAUAACCUUGCUGACUGCUUGUUCACAUUAUUGGGAAUAUAGGGGUGUGCAUGAUUUCACGGAGUUUUACUGUGAAAUAAGUUGAAUAAAGUCGUGAAUAUUUAGCAAUAAGCACAAGUUUCAGGAAAUAUAUUAUUUUAGUUUUUUUUUUUUUUUUCUGUGUACUUUGCAGCCAAAGAAAAGGUUGGGUAAACUGAAGUCACUGACCAGUUUAAAAGCAAGUUUAUUAAAAGACCGCGAGCAACCUCACCGUGGAACACCCACCAUUCCCAGCUUCCUCCAAACAGAGGAGGAAACCCUCAGACCUGAUCAGUCAGCUUUACAGGUAACGACACUCCUAGAAAUGUCCGUGACAAAGGUCCGCAGUCUAUGAAACUUCAUAGAAAAAAAUAAGUAUUUUUUGGGGAAAAUGCAUUUUAAUUAUUCUAGGAAAGACUUUUAUGUAGCAUGUUACCGUUUAAGCAACUAGCAAACGUUGGCCUGUCACUUAGCUGGCCAUAUUCAAAUUGGCCAUCAAUUGACCAUCCCCAAGAUUUCAUGGUUACAUCUCCCACCAUUAACUGCUUACUUGCUUAUCUCCACACUAGGAGGUUACAGAGAUUACAUACACGCUAAAUAGCCUGUAAUGAAACUUGAUUGAUUAUUUGCAAUCAUCAUCUUUUCUAACUCUCUGCAACCCGAUACUAAAAAGCCAUAUCAUUUAGGAUACGCACAACAUUUUUAGGUUGUUUAAACUGCUAUCUAGUAUUGUGAACAGAGCAAAGAACUUAACAUUUUGUAACUGUGAUAAGAUUACAAGUUAUCAGUAUAAAUUGACACAUGUACGAUUGCUUACUUGUGUAUUUAGCACAUUGCACGUAGAAGCAAGCCUUUCUCUGAUGAUGCUCUAUAUACAUUCAUACACCCUCACAUUUAUAACCGACCGUAUUAUGCAUUGCGAUUUAGUCGCAAUACUUGCAGACAAAGUUUCCAUCCUGGGAACUAUUUUGUUCAUCGGUGAUAAUUUCCUUUUUUAAGAAUAUUUUUCAGCUAUAUAUUGACUUAGCCACUCCCUAAACCACUUUUUUAAUCAAACUGUAGCAUGUUAAAAUCCAUAGAUUCUUAUGAUCUUUUUGUUCCACAUCACAAAUAUAUUUUAUUUUCCAGGUUGAUGACGAUGCAUCCGAUAAUGAGGAUUUUCCUAGAUUCUGUGAACCACCUGUAUCUUUUGGAAGAGCAGAAGAGGGACGACUUGAGUUUGCUUCCAUGUUUGACACCAUGCACGCCAGUGACCAGUUUGAGGGACAGAGUGAUUUGCUAAGUGAUUUGCAUAGAAUUCAGAAGACCCUGCUUACAGCUUGGACAGUUGGCAUAACAAUGAGGAACCUGAAUCAGAAAGAUAGUUUAUUGCACUACACUGUGUCGUGCCUGACCCAUUUCUUGGCUGUUUUACAGAGUUCCAAAUGUCCUAGUUUACAGCAUUCUAAGCCAUCUAAAAAGAUGGUGAAGGGUAAUGACUGGAUUGUUUACAUGACUAUCUUCCAGCAGUGCCUGACCAUUCUGCAUUGGGAUGUAGCACCAAAGCGAACAAUCGGGCACAUAAUCAAGCUAACCUCAGAAACUGCCAAAUUGAUUCUUGAACAUCGUCGAGAUAUGCCCACCAAAGGGCUUCUUGAAUGUUUUUGUCUGUUCAAGAUGGUAUCACAGCAUUUGAAUCUGAUUUAUAAUUUGCAUUAUGAAACUUUCUGGCCAACAACUGAUACAAGCAAUAAAGCAUGUCUUGAUUUGCUGAAGAUUCCCAUAUUUGAAGGAUUGAAUAUCAAACUCAAGCAUUGGUCUUUGGACUGUGUCUUUAAACAACCCCCUGAGCCUGUGAACCUCCGGCUAAAAUCCGAGAAAAGGUAUGGAUACACUAGCAAUACAAAGUUCUUCUUGUUAACAUAUAUUAAUUAGAUGUGGGUUUGUUUUGGGGGUCUAAUUGCUAAUAAUUUAAGGGGACCUUCCGUAACACAAGAAGAGAAUGUUAUUUACAACAUAUUACUUAAAUAACGAUUACACAAUGCUUACCAGUACAUGCCCUGCUGUAAUGUGGCAAAUGUUUCUCUAUGUGUUCUCUAUGUGGUUAGAAGUUGAGAGAAGCACAAAUAUGUGAAGAGGUGAUGUCCUGACAUUUUCCCAAAACCUAGUUUGUCAAAACAUGUGGAUGCUUAUGGUAGAAGGAGGGAGUUGUGCCUUGGUGUAAUCUCAGUGGUAGUUGGAAAUCUAAAAGAGAAAUAAUACAACGAAUUAUAGUGUAGUAUGUUCUGUAUAAAACAGUUCAGAGUAAGAAGUGAACUUGCUAAGUGUAGAGCAUGAGUAGCUCUACUAUGUAGCACCUGGGCGAUCUGAUCCCCGCCUAAGGAUAGCUGGUCUCUUCUUCAAUAAGGUGCUAAGGUACAUGGUGACCUCAGGAAGGCAGGUUAGCUCAAGAUGAUAUAUGUCCCAGGGGAAAACUUUAUGAACUUGCAAUCAAAUAAUGCAGAUCAAAACAAAUAUAAAUAUAGUGUAUACUGCUAAAAACCAUCAUAAUAAAACAUAAAAAAACAUAAAAGGGAUACUCCCAGAGGGAGAGGAAAAUAUGGUUUUACUCAAUCCACAGCACUUGGGUUUUAUCUUGUUUUAUUAUUUUAUGGUUUUUAGCAAUGUACACUAUGUGAUUUUUAUUUUUUUUAUUUUUUUUAUUUCAGUAUAUACAUAAUUAGACAAUCACACAGACAAAAAACAAAAAAACAUGAAUGACAAAACCUAAAAACAAAUCACAACACUAACAAACGUUAUCUAGUGGUGUAUAAACCUGAUCUCUAUUAUAUCCAUACCUUAAUCCAUUCUUACACAUAGAUGCUAUCAUAUUUUACAUCUAUCUAGUACUCUUAUGUGUACUUUUAUAUAUUACUUAAACCAUAAUACCAGGCUUAUUUGAGAACAUAAGUCCCCUUUAUAUCGUCUCUAACUAAUAAAUAUUUUUUUUAUUUAUUAACCCCCUCCUUCUACUAUAUGCAUUUUCUUUUGGAUCGGGGGAAAAAAAAAAAAGACUCUGGUUUGGGUGUUCGAGCUGCCUUCAACUGUAUGCGCUAGAAAUCUAUAUUGUAAAUAAAAACAUGUGAGUGACUGAGGUGACUUACCCUAAUCUACUUUGCAUCAUAUGCCCCUUAAACUGCUAUAAUCUAUGGAUUUUAUUCCCUUCCUAUAUUACUCGUACUCUUGUUAAGUUUUUCGAUGUAUUGCAGGCUGGCAGCAUUAUGGAGCAUUCUAUAUAAUCAGGUUCUUCGGUAUCAGAUUCGUUUGAGAAAGUGCAACAGCGAUUACCUGUCACAGCAUUUAUCCCCCAAACUUUACUUGGAGGAAGAAGCCAUUAGAUCAAUGCUAUGUCACAUACAGGGUGAACUGCAGUCUGCAGGUGAACACUUGGACCGGAGCCUGCGUCUGAUUCCUGUGACUGGUAAGGACUACAGGUGGUAAAUGAAUAAAACUGUCAAAACAAGUAUCAUUCAACUUUUAUUCAGUAAACUAGCAUAUGCUCUGAAUCUUCAAUGAUUUGCUAUAUUUAUAUUAUAUACCAAUAUACAAUAUAAGAUACAGCCCCUCCGUUACAUUUGUCACAUAGACGUCUUAUUUUUCUGGUCAAGUUUAGAUUGUUUUAAAAACCUCCUUUUAUUGGUCUUAUCUCGUCCUGCAUUUCAGUUCCAAAUGUACACAAUUGAAAGGCUUUGCUCUUACAAUGCUAAUAAAACUAACCAUAAGUAAACUGACUGGCUCACUGUGCCUAGAGGGGUAUCAGCUACACCUCACUGACAAGGCCCAGAGAAGGCCAAAAUGAUUGUCUGGGGUUUCUGUAUCUCUCGUGUAGGGAGAACUUGUUGGCAUUUUGGUUCUGGACUGCCUUUACGGGUGAGAUCAGUCUCCUAUGCUUUGGAAUAUAUACCCUUCUUAAUGACACAAGUGAGCAAAAACUAUUUUGAAACCUGUGCGGGGAUUUACCGACUGGCAAGCUUUCUCUAAGCUUUUGUCCGUCCCAGAGUUCUCAUAUUAUCUGUUUUUGUUACAUGCAUUAAAUUGUCUCUCCCAAAGUUAAAAGGGUAAUCCUGUAAAAUCAAGUGGGUGGAGCAAAAGUGCGAAUGAUAAGUGCAGACAAGCCACUAUAAAAAGAACCACUUCCCAAAUCCCGUCAAUCCAAAAAACAAACCAAUUCUGUAUAACCACAAUAGAUAUACAUUAUAGGGCGCCACAUUCACAAGUGUGGUAAUAUACACUGAACAAAAUUUAUAAAUGCAACACUUGUUUUUGCCCCCAUUUUUCUUAAGCUGAACUGAAAGAUCUAAGACUUUUUCUAUGUACAUGAAAGGGGGCAAAAACAAAAGUGUUGCAUUUUAUAAUUUUGUUCAUUGUAGUUACCGGUCAUUUAGUUGUAUAUUGCAUGAAAAGAGAAAGAAAAAACUCAUAGUGCAGUAUUUAUUGAGAACAAAAAAAUUUGAAAAUAGCUAAAAAUACACUCACCAAAAUAGUGCCACAAUAAGAAAUACUCCUUUUUUUUUUUUUUUAUAGCUAUUUUCGAAUUUUCUUUGAUCAAUAAAUACUGCACUAUGAGUUUUCUCUUUUCAUGCAAUGUACAACUAUUUGAGUGGUAACUAUAUUACCACACUUGUGAAUGUGGCGCCACUAUACUUAAAGGGUAAUCCAGACAGACACAGUGCUCAUUGUGGCUAGAGGGGGGUAUGUGUUGUCCAAGUGAACCUGUAACCUGUAGGUUUUAUUACAAACCACCUAUUUUUUGGGUGUUUUUGUUUAAUUCUAUUGUGUUUAAAACGUAUUCAUGAGAAAACAUUCUUUGUAAGCAGGAAAGGCUUACUGGCCAGCCAUGGUCAUUGGCGACUGACUUCCCACACGUUGUUUUGCAUGCUGUGCGAUAUGACCCUGUGUAAAUUAAAUGCUCCUGUAAGGGAGGAACCAAGUAAUGUUAGCCAAUUUGUGUGAUUUCCAACAGAUGCUACUUUUGUAUUCUCCCUGGCAAUUUUUUUUUGCCACUGACAACCAUACUUCCAACAGUAGUUUGGGAUAAUGAAACUAAUUUAAAUUAUUAGUUACAAAUUGUAAUCACUCUUGUUCUUGUGAGUGUGUUGCCUACAAAUGUUAUAGUACAUCACUGGACAAAAUAUAUGUUAGGGUAAAUAUACAACCCAUGACAUAUAUGUUACAUGAGCCCCCUUAAUGCACUAUACAGAUACUUUUACUGGCAGUGUCCCCACCUUAAGAUAAGAAAGCAUUAGUAACUUGUUUGAGAGGUCUCUAGAGUUUGGUAAUUGAUUUUGAUGCUCAAGCCUUUUUCAUUGUUAUGGUUGAUGUCUAUGUAAAUUGCAAAGCUGUUUUUCUCUUCUGUAGGGGAAGAAUAUUUCUUGUUGGGCUCAUACAAGGAGUCUGUGGAAUUCUGGAAUAAAUCGUUCUUAGACGUCACAGCGCAAGGUACGUAUAAGCAAUUAUUUUGGUGACUGUUUAAGCAAAGUCUAGUAUGAUCACUGCAAAAAAAGAACUGACAAAGACUUGAGCUUUUAUUAUUUAUUUAAAAAAAAUGAAAUUCCUCUCAGAAAAAUCCUUUUGCCCUUUUUUUAGAUAUAAAGAUUUGAAAAUGGAUUGCAAAGUGUGUGUGUGUGUAUAGAUUAUAGAACAUAUAUAGAACAAUGCUCUUUCAGUGUUUCUUUCUCUGGCUCUGCCUCUUCUCCCCAACCCCUCCUUGUCGGCGUCCCCCAAGGUUCUGUCCUCGGCCCCCUACUGUUCUCUAUCUAUACUGCCUCCCUUGGUAAACUCAUCAGCUCUUUUGGCGUCCAAUACCAUUUAUAUGCAGAUGAUACGCAAAUCUACCUGUCCUCCCCUGAUCUCUCUCCAUCCAGCUUGACUCGUGUUUCUGACUGCCUCUCUGCUAUUUCCAACUGGAUGGCUGCUCAGUUACUUAAACUCAACCUGUCCAAAACAGAACUUCUAGUUUUUCCUCCCUCAAGUGCUGCUACUCCUGUGUCUGUCUCCAUCCAAGUCAACGGCGCUACUAUCACCUCUACCUCGCAGGCUCGCUGCCUAGGGGUUCUUUUUGAUUCUGAUCUCUCUUUUACUCCCCAUGUUCAAUCGAUAGCCAAAUCCUGUCGCUUCCAACUCAAGAACAUAGCGCGCAUCCGCCCAUAUCUAAUGCCGGACGCGGCUAAGGUACUGGUUCAUGCUGUUGUUCUCUCUCGCCUUGACUAUUGAUAUCCCCUUCUCACCGGUCUUACAUGUUCCCAGCUUGCACCGCUGCAAUCUAUAAUGAAUACGGCUGCAAGGCUUAUUUUCCUGUCCGGUUGCACCUCCCACGCCUCCACGCUCUGUCAGUCCCUGCAUUGGCUUCCAGUUAGAUAUAGGGCCCAAUUCAAAAUUCUGGUGCUUGCUUACAAAUCCCUGCAUAAUGCUGCUCCAACAUACCUAUCGCCCUCAUACACAAGUAUGUCCCGUCGAGACCCCUGCGCUCAGCCCAAGACCUACGCCUAUCCUCUGCCCGGAUCCCCACCUCUGAUGCUCGCCUUCAAGGCUUCUCCAGGGCUGCACCUAUUCUGUGGAACUCCCUUCCCUCUUCAAUCAGACUUUCACCCAGCCUCCACUCCUUCAAAAAAUCUUUGAAAACUCACUUCUUCAUUAAAGCGUAUCAAUUAAACUGUCAGCAGGUUUCUCAUCCCCCACCCCAUGACUCCGUUCCUGCACCUGUCAAAAAUGACCUACCAAGCACUCAAUAAACCCUUCUGUAACAAACUAUUUAAUUCCCCUACUUUAACCCUUUGUGUCACUAUACCCCACUCCCUGUAGCAUGGAAGCUCAUCGAGCAGGGUCCUCAACCCCAUCUGUUCCUGUACGUCAGUGGUCUGAUCUCAAUUAUGUGUCUGUUAGUCCACCCAUUGUACAGCGCUACGGAAUUUGUUGGCGCUAUAUAAAUAGUAAAAUAAUAAUAAUAAUAAUAUAUAUACACACACACUAUAUAUACACACAAUUUUAGCUUUUCACAAAUAGUGUAUUAUAAAAUGUGGGUUAUUUUUGAUUCCUCGUAUUAAUCCUGAUGAGUAAAAUUCCACACAUAAUUGUUUCAUGUAAAUGCUAAUUCACACCUCUAUUUGCAUUCAUACCUAGGAGGAAGGAGAGCUGGUGUACUUCAGAUUCGGUACUGCCUCGCAAUACUUUAUGGUCACCUCUACAAUUACAACCUAAAUGAUGCCCAGGGCAUGUGCGACCAGCUGGUGAGAGCGUUAUUGAGGAGAUCGAAUCUUCUUACUGACCAGGCACAGGAUACCCAAGGUAAGUGUGUCAGGCUACCAUUCUUAUGUGUCAUCUUUUGGAAUUAUUAGUCGAGAUGAGCACGCACAUGUGAUUAGUCAGCAAUUUAAAUACACCAUCAGCCUGGAGUUUCUCUUUUAUUGCAUUAUUUAGAUCAUGCAUAGAAAAACUGCAAAAAAUAAAAUUAAGACGGUCAGCUUUGGAAGUCCCAGAUUUUACAACAUCAUGAAGGAAUCAUCAGUCAAGUUUCCACUGAAUUUAUUUUGACCAUAACUCAUUUUUUUUUGCUCCUUGUUUGCUCCUUCUUCUUUAACCCCUUAAGGACACAUGACAGAAAUAUUCAGUCAUGAUUCCCUUUUAUUCCAGAAGUUGUGUCCUUAAGGGGUUAACAGCUCUACAUAUGUCAUCUUGGAAAACAUAUUAAUUGCUGUUACGUUAGUAUGAUUAAAGGGACACUAUAGUCACCAAAACUACUUUAGCUAAAUGAAGCAGUUUUGUGUGUAGAUCAUGCUCCUGCAGUCUCGCUGCUCAAUUCUUUGCCAUUUAGGAGUUAAAUCACUUUAUUUAUGCAGCCCUAGUCACACCUUCCCUGCAUGUGACAUUACAGUGCCAUCCUAAACACUUCCUGUAAAGAGUCGGUUAAUGUUUAUACUUCCUUUAUUGCAAAUUCUCUUUGAUUUAGAGUUUCUUAUCUCCUCCACUGUUAAUAGCUUGCUAGACCCUGCAGGAGCCUCUUGUGUGUGAUUAAAGUUCAAUUUCAGAGCACAAAAACUUUUAAAGUAAGUUAAGAUCUGAUUGAAAAUGAAACCAUUUUGUUUACACUCAGGCUGUGUGCGUCACAGCCAGCGGAAGUGUGGCUAGGGCUGCAUAAGCAGAAACAAAAGUGAUUUAACUGGUAAAUGGCAGAUAAUUGAACAGUGAAUGAUCUAUACACUAAAAUUGCUUAAUUAAAGUAAAGUUGUUUUGGUGACCAUAGUGUCCCUUUAAGUUCUGUGAUUUUUUUUGUAACUCUAUGAUUGUAUAAGUCUAAUUAAAUGAAUCUGCAUAUCUAUACAUUUCAGUGAAGUAUUGCUCGUACCAACUUCCUCCGGUACUCUCUUCCUUGUUCUCUUUCCUACUGUACUAGUGUGUAGCUUUGUGUAUGGUUUUAUUUUUUUAAUGUAUGCAGUGUCUGUUAAACAUAUGUGUGUCCAUAAUUCUGUUAUAUUGUUCAGUGGUGCUGAAUCUUCUAGCAUAUAAAAAAUUAUCCUGACUGCUUGUAGGAUUGGGUUGGGGUUGGACAUUGAAAGACAGAAUGCUAUAAUUAUCUCCAAGCCAGUGAAAUGUUAGAACUUCUCCGAUCACUGUUUUUUGUCUCUCCUAGUGCGAGCUGAAUGUGAGCAAGACCUGCAAGAUGUUUAUCCUGACGCAGCAUUAGCCGUCAUCCAGUCCAUGGCUAGAUUUAUGGCUGCCUAUUUUACUAACCAACCAAUGUAUGUGUUUCCUCCACACAAUGUCUGCAUUUUACCUCCUCUUCAUAUUGCUUCAGGUACGAUCCGCUUAAAACGUUAUACCUUGUGUCUUCUAGUAACUGGCAGGUUUUAUCUUGGUUCACUAACUUGCAGCACAUGUUUAUGUACAUAGAUCGAUUUCCCAGAGCUGUCAAACUCCAGCACAGUUUGGUUGCCGGUGCAAUUAGAGACCAGAAUCUUUCUAGCAUCUGGACGGUGGAGUACGCCCUUGACUUGCUUCUUGUUGGUGGAUUGGUACCAGAGGCUGCAUGGCUGGCAAACCAACUAGGAGACUGGAAGAUGUCUGUUUCAAUGGGCGUAGCAUAUAACCUGUACCAAGAGAGCCUUAGUAAUGAGUAAGUUUGUUUGUAAAUUACUUGUUCAUAAGUUCUCCUUCCUGUGCGCACCAAUACAGCUUGAUACUGUUUAUAUUAUCCUGAAGACCAUCUUGAAAGUCCUCUGUACCACUGGAGUUCUAUAAAUCAUAGAUUAUAAUGUAUUUUGUAUAGCUGGAAUGAAUUUUGGGUCGUUUGACAACUGUGUUCUACUGGUACUGUUGCUGGAUCAGGUAGUGGUCCAGUAGCAACAUCAUAUGUUUUGAUAGAACAAUGCUCAGAGUACGUCUUGUCUUCUGUAGUUGAUCAUCCAAAUUUUAUGACCACAUUUGUCUUCUGAAGUUGAUCAUCAUUGAGGUUUGGAUGGCCACAUGGAGGGACCUUUAACUAGUUUGCUGGUAUCUAUACCAGCUAUACAUUGUAAGCAAGGAAACCGUCUCACAAGUUCACUGACAAACAACCAGUGCACAGAUAAUUGUAAAAGCAAUAUAAGAUGGAAUUAUUCUAAUAAUGGGCAGGCUUAAUGUGUCAAGUUUAGCCAUCACUAUUUUGUGUAGUAAUCCUGAGGAUAUCAAGUUGUUCUGUUUUGUGUUUUAUCUGUAAUAUUGUUAUCCAUUGUGUCUGUUAGGAGUUUCUCUUAAGUUGUGAUACAGGGGUUAAGGUGACAUGAGUGCAGAUAACAUGCAGGUUUGAUAGAAAAUAGACAUCAUUCUCGCAGAGGGUUGUAAAUAUCUUGUGUGAAGAUCACAGAGUGAGGGGGGAGAGAAAGGGGGGAAAAAAAACAAGCAAAUAGUGCAGAAGAUGGUGCUAGAUAAUUUGCUUGAUUUCAGAUCUGAAAAGAAAACACCUGCUCUCCCUCCACACCUCACUCCUGCACACACAUUCCAGGAGAAGUUACAGUUUUUCCUUGGACGACCUCCGGGUUCAGAAACCACCAUCAAGGACCCUGCUGGAGAGAAGCAUUUUACUGGUAAUGGUUUAUUUGUUUUUCUGGGACUGUUUGCCUUUUCAUUGUAACUUUAGCAAAGAGUUGUUUCAAGUGCUAGCUGGUAAUUUACUGGUAUCAGGGGACAAUAUCAGAGAUGGCCCAACUAAAAACGGUCACAAAAAAAAUAAACCCAAAGCUGUCAUAACAUUAGCCUGCAGGUCACCAUGAAUACACAUGCACUCAUUUUUUAAUGGGUAGCAUAGAAAGCCCAAACACCAUGUAUUGUCAAACAUUUUCUAAAACGCGUUUGAUUCAGAUAAUCAUUCUGGUGUUUAUCUUUGCCUGAAACUGGAGUGUUUUACUCUGUACUUCCAGUCUGCUAUUUCCCACUUCCAAGAAGAAUAUACAGAAGUCUAAAGGAACGACUACACAUAUAAAAUUGUAAUUGAACCCUUUCCCCUCCCAACUUGCAUGUCCAUUCUUCAUAUACCCAAAUAUUGCCAUCUUUUCUCAAAUUGUACCGAUUAAAGAUUUACUAGGUUUUAAAAAAAAAAAAAAUUAAAAAAAAAGUUUUCCGCAACUUUAAGAGCAACGUAUGGUCAUCUUUUUGGAGGCUUACGAAUUUCAAACUCACAUCAGAUCGUACCUCAAAUCUCUCCAGAACACAAACCAUCCAACAUCUAUUGCUUCAAACUAUGUUCUGCAUUUCUUAGUCUGAAAUGAGACUGUUGUUCCUGUCAUUGUCACCCCUUGUUUUAUUUCAUUGGUGUAUAAGAUAAGUGGGGAGUGCACACUCUGCACCUCAUGAUGUUUGCAUGGGUUUCAAUCUGUAGGGUAACCACAAGUCCUGUUAACCAAAUUCACAAUUCAUCUUGAGUUGCCUUUUUGGUUUGAUUUUAAAGCCAGCUGUUUUUUUUUUGUUUGUUUUUUUUUUUACAGCUUAUAGAGUGGCCUUUUUUAUUUUAACAAAGUUAAUUUAUCUGGUUUUGCUCUUCCAACCAUUUUCACUUCACAUGAUGAUGUCGGCAAACUUCAUUACAUGAAUAUGUAUUAAUUUCUGUCUGAAAAGUUAUCUUUCUCCUAACUUUCUCCUCUCACAUCUUUAUUAUCUUGUAAUUGCAGUUUGAAAACUUAUUUUAUUAUUAUUAUUUUUUUGUACUGUAGAUCCAAUUGAAGAAGAAGAUGCAGACGUGCUGUUUAGUUCAGUGCAGGAGAUGCUGAAGGCAGCUGUCAUGGCUAAUGCAGAAAUUGUUACAGAGACACUUCAUCAGCUGAUGGAUUCUGCCAAGGAGCUGAUAAGGAAGCUAUCUGGUUUAGUUCCAGAUCGGUUAUACCUCCCAGCACCACCACUAUACUGUCCCCAGCCUACUUCUGUCAGUGAGGUAAGCUCAUUCACUUUGUUAGGUUUCUCUUCUGAUUGUCCAAUCUGAGAGAACAUGCUGACUUCAAUAAACGGUUUCAACUUAAUGAUCUCAUAAACAAUGAUAUGAUAAACCGUUUUUUUUUUGUAAGAUGUACAAUAUGAAUACCGUGAAAUAUUGCCCCCCUGAUUUUGUUACUUUAUUUUAGGGUGUGGUAGCUAUGUGACUUGUACCUGAAGCAGGCCUCAAAUAGUAAAUCACCACUUUUUUUAUUUUUUUAUUUAGUUCUUUAUUUUUGGUUGACAGACACUUAUCAUGGCAGGUACAUCAGUGUUUAUAAAGUACAUACAGAUUCUGGUGCCUGACUUUGUAUAACAGUUUAACUUCCCAGUGCCUUAAAUUUUUCCUUUUACAAUUCUGUAUUUAAAAGUACAAAAUGGUACCACCAAGCAGCCCAAUUGGUACAGAUCCAGAACCUACACGCCCCAGCAGGGCUUAAAUUAUGGGUCGACAUUGAACAUGACUUAUUUGGAAGGGGCUUCCCUUCCCUGUACCUGUGGCUACCAAGGCAGGACAGACCACACAUCCCCCCCCCCACGACACCAGCACUCACCCACUCAAUCCAACUCUGGGACAAAAUGACCCGCAAAUACGACAUCAUUAACACCCCAUCCCCCCCCUAACACCAAUCCUCCGGAACAAACAAUUCCAACCCGGGAUGACCCACCAACAUUUCGCGCGAUACGAAGACAAUGACCUGGUACGAUUCCACCACUUCUUUCGGGGACAACACAUUCUACCUUUCACACACCUGCCCAACAACACCCCAUACACGACCUUCGACCAUUUCAGGUUCCUACAGAUACGGAGCUUCCUGACCGACCCAACCACACAACCAAAAAACAGCAACCACCAAGCUCACCACCUUCGAGAAAAUGUGCAUGAACACUCUGAUACAAUGGGGCCAGAUAUCCACCAUAUUCGGCAUCAUACUUUGCACUAACACCCCCGAAGCCCUAUCAUAUACUGCGGCAUGGGAAAGAGAUAUAGGCCCCAUCACGGACCCAUCAGACUGGCAAGACAUAUGGGAAGCCACAGCGGCAAUUUCCAUAUGCGUUACACACAAAGAACAAGCGUACAAAACCAUGCUCCGCUGGUACAUCACCCCCCUAAGUCUGAAACAAAUGCGCAUAGCACCCUCUGACCAAUGCUGGAAGGGGUGCGAUAAACAAGGCACAUAUAUCCACCUAUGGUUGAAUUGCCUACAAAUAGCCCAACACUGUCAGGAAAUAGCCCAAAUAAUCAAUAGGGCAUACACAGCAACCUCCCACUGGACCCCUAGCUAUGGCUCUUGUCCAAACCCCACGAGACCCUCACCAGGGCCCAAAACAAAAUGACGGCCCGGAUUGCGUUGGCCACCCGGAGAACCAUUGCUAGACACUGGGGAAGCAACACUGCCCCGGCAACACCUGAAGUACUGCGUACAAUAACUGAAACCAUGGAAAUGGACAAAAUAUCAGCCCUAGUACACGACACCACUAAAUUUGGGACCCAUGGCUAACCAGGACCAUAUUGGCACCCUAACCCCCCUAGGCCCACAAACAACGACCAACAGCCAAAAACAACCCCCACUUCUUCAGGUCCCUCAUUCCACCUCCCCACUACCCACCCAACCUCCUCACUUCCCCUCACAGCCUACCACACACCUUUCCCCCACUUCGCCCCUCUCCUCCUCUCCUCACCCCAACUCCACGCCCGCAGAUGAAUCCCUAACACUUCCGAAAAACCUUCAAAGACAUCCCCUACCCUGCCCACAGGAAGAACAGCGCCUACCAACCACUCUCAUACACCACCACCUCACCCUUCAAACAAAGACACACAUAGAUAAAACAACAUAUGAAACAGGACAGCGACGACAAAUCACAAGAAAAGCAUACAAAUACAAGACGACGGACACAGUCACACCCACGAGACACACGAAAGCCUGAAUUUCUACGGGCAAGAAGAAACACCCAACCGAUGCUCCAGAUUAUAAUGUAAGCAAUUCUAUAUUUUCAUUUUAUACACACGACUAAUUCACAGAAUCACACGUUAAGUUCCUGUUUACGCAAAUCAAGGGAUUGGAAUUCUCUCUUCACUGUUAUUACCAUGAAAAAUACUGUGAAAAAUUCUGACUCGCAAUAUUAAUGUUUUUAAUCCCUCACCCGACCCCACUUCUUUUAUGUACCCCUACCUCCACCCCGAAAAAAAGAAAAUGGAAAUAAAGUACAAAAUUGUAGCAUUGCAUACAAAGCCUACGUAGUUAAAGCGGCACUGUCAUGCCGAACUUACCUUUCCUCAAUCUCUUCCUCUUCUCCCCCUCUCUCAGGAUCGGUUAUUCUUUUCUUCCUGUCUUCUUUAGUUUUCUUUAAAAUCAUAAGACAAAGUAGGGACUCAGUGUUAUUUGUCAUUUUACACAGCGUGGGAAAGUUCUUUUGAUUUUCCCACGCUGUGUAAAAUGACAAAGAGCACUCUGAUUGGCUUAAACCCACCAAUCAGAGUGUUCUUAGCCUAAUUGCAGGGUGGGGCAAGGCUUUAUAAGCCUUCCCCCGCCCUGCGGAGCUCAGUCUGUGCGGAGCCCUCCAUGGGUGAAGAUGGAUUAUUUUUUUGCGCUCGUGUUUUUUUUUUUCGUCUGUUUUUUUUGGCCGAUUUUUAUUUUAUUUUCAAUUCGACGGUUAUGAUGGUUUUUUAUUUGGCCUUUUUUGGGGCUGAAAAAGAAGAUUUGAGAAAAAAGAAGACGUCGAAUGGUAAGUUUAAUUUUAUUUUACAGGUUAGUUAUUUUAUCCCCCCUCACUAUUUUUUAGGGUGAGGGGGGUAGGUAGGGACUUUUUUUUUUUGGGUGGGGGUGGGUGACUAGGGGCUUGGGGACCCCUAGUCACCUUGGGGGUAAUUGACUUAGGGCCCCCACCGCCCAGGGUGGGGGGAGGACAGUGGUCCCCCUCAUUCUCACUAUGGCCCCCACCAGCCUAGGGGGCUGGGGGCAGGUACCGCCCCCCUUCAUUUUUGCCCCCCCCCCCCUCAUUCUCACUGUUUAGGGGUGGGGGCCAAUAGUUGUUGUUUUUUGUUUUUUUUACAGUGAGCAGCCACAGGCUGCUCACUGUUUAGUGGACAUGCCCCUACUCGCGGUAUAGCGAGUACGGGCAUUUGGGAGAUUUUAAUCUCCCUUGUGCUAUUAUGGGGGUCAUAUUGACCCCCAUAGAGUGAGAGGGGGACCUGGGGGGGCUUAUGAAGUGGUGGGGAGCACUGCUCCCUGCCGCUUCUAUCUUUACAUAUUACAAGGAGGGAGCUGCACGCCGGUAGCUCCCUCCUUGUAAUAAACUGCACGAACAAACAUACACUGAUACAUAGUGUUUGUUUGUUCGGCUGAUAUUUCUAUUCACUCAUUCGUCUGUCUGAUGAAUGAAUGAAUAGAUGAAAUUCCCGUUCGCAUGUCCAGGUGUUUCACUGGGCAUGUGCGGGAAUCUAACAGUCUGCCUAGUGUGGGCUGAUGACGUGUCCCACAGGGACUUCACCUACCCACACAAAGAUGGCUGCGCCCUGAAUAUAGAUCGGGGCAGAAAAUAAGGAUUAAAAAAUAGGUAAUGCUGGGGGCUUAGGGGCAUUUGGGGGUGACUAGUGAGUCAAUUGGAUGUAGUGGAGGCGGGAGAGGGGUUAAAAAAAAAACAGAAUUCGGCAUGACAGUGCCACUUUAAGGCAUAUAACCGGGUUCACAGUAGGUACUUUAUAUUCGAAUCAAUGAAGUUGAAUCACCACAUUUUUCAUAUUGAACAGAUGUUUGAUUGAUUGCUACCUCCUGCCCUGUUGGGUUUUACACCCCACUUCCUAUAGACUGUAAGGUGGUUUGAGCAGGGCCCUCUUGUAUCUGUAAGUUUUUGUAACUGCCUCAUUUAUUGUUAAAUCUCCCCCUUUGAUAAUAUUGUAAAGCACUACGGAAUAUUUUGACGCUAUAUAAAUACCUGUAGUAGUAGUAGUAGUAGUAGUAAUAAUAACAGUAAAAGUACAUUAAAGAAAACAAUAGGCAUGGUGUACCUUACAUUUCUUUCUUUUAAAGGGACACUAUAGUCACCUGAACAACUUUAGCUUAAUGAAGCAGUUUUGGUGUAUAGAACAUGCCCCUGCAGCCUCACUGCUCAAUCCUCUGCCAUUUAGGAGUUAAAUCCCUUUGUUUAUGAACCCUAGUCACACCUCCCUGCAUGUGACUUGCACAGCCUUCCAUAAACACUUCCUGUAAAGAGAGCCCUAUUUAGGCUUUCUUUAUUGCAAGUUCUGUUUAAUUAAGAUUUUCUUAUCCUCUGCUAGAGCCUCCUGUAUGUGAUUAAAGUUCAAUUUAGAGAUUGAGAUACAAUUAUUUAAGGUAAAUUACAUCUGUUUGAACGUGAAACCAGUUUUUUUUUUUCAUGCAAUCAUAGCCAGGGGAGGUGUGGCUAGGGCUAGUGGCUAGGGCUGCAUAAACAGAAACAAAGUGAUUUAACUCCUAAAUGACAGUGAAUUGAGCAGUGAAAUUGCAGGGGAAUGAUCUAUACACUAAAACUGCUUUAUUUAGCUAAAGUAAUUUAGGUGACUAUAGUGUUCCUUUUAAUAAUGGCGUAUAUGUGUGGUAGUAGAUGAGUUAACAGUGGUGGCAUAGAUAGGGAAUAGCAAAUUUGCAGUUACUGAACUCCGUGGAGUUCUUGGGAGCCAUCAUUUCUAAGCGUUGUUUUUUUGUUUUUGUUUUUUUACCCCUGAGAAAUCCAGAAUAGAUCUUUAUGAUGGUGCACACUUUAAGUAGAGGCAUAUGUGCAAACUGUGAGCAUUGUGUAUGUGUGUUCACCUGUCUGUCUCCAUUUAUUCUGUACUGAACAUGCUUCUUGCCGAUCCCGAGUAAUAGGAUGUGCUUCAUAAUCUGUGUGUGUUUUCAAUUACGUGCAACUCCACAGAACAUCUCACAACCCAUUUAAAAUAGUAUGUUUUGCUGUGUUUCUAUCUGUGUGAUCUCCUAGUUGUUUAUAUGUUGUUGUAGGAGGAUCCCAGUGACUUUCUUUUGGAAGCAGAGAAGCGCAGUCGCCAGAAGCUGUCCGGUGUCCUCCAGCGAAUUCUUAUCCUGCUACGUGCUGCUCGCUGCUCCCUACCAGCAGCACAAUGGUACAUCAAACAGAUAAAGCGAACACAGAAAAUCAUGCAGAAGGUACUAGGGAUGUGGAUUGCUUGUUUGUUUUUGUAGUCAAACUAUGUCCUCACUGGUAACCUGCUCCUAGUAAACUCAUUCUUCUCAUGUUAUCCCUUUAUUAAUUGACAGAACUUGAUUGAUAAAACUUUACAAUAAAUAAAUGUUUAGAAUUUAAAUAGACCCUCCACAUGUACAUGCUAAGGCUUAAUUUAAGACAACUUACCUGCUUUAUUUAAUUGUUGUCAAGGUUUUGAAAAGUGAAAAAAGACUUGGUGCUUAACUUCUGCUUUACUGCUGAAUGUCGUUAACAAUCCAUGGAUAUUACCUCUAGGUUAUAAAUUCAUCUGAAAAGGGUCCUCAUCGACCUAUUGUUCCUGGAAAAAUGUGUAAUAUGUUCCAUGUUUUGUUAAAUUCCUGUUAAUAUUGUAAACUGCUGUGCAAUAAUUUGCACUAUAUAAAUACCGAUGAUAAUAAUAUUAAUACACAAUAAUACUUUCCUUCAAGUCGGCACAAUCUCUCAUGACCAUAUUCUUGUUUAACAUUCUUUCCAAUAGUAAAACAACAAAUAAUCGUACUAUAUUGUAAUAACAUUUUAUUCUAAUUUUGGAAGGACAAGCUGUCAGAAUAUCCUGCCUUCAUCAAGUCUAAAGCAUUGAUAAAGAGAGGAUCACCCAGAAGCUUGUUCCAAAAUUGUGAUAGUCCAUUGAAAAAUGUGUUAAACAACUAAAGAAUUAUCCUAUUUUAAUUCUAGAUCAAUGAGUAAUACGACUUUCUUUUUCACUUCAGUUCUGUCCAUUAGAAGGUGUUGAAAUCUACAGAAACAUAACAAAUGUUGUGUAUGUGGGUAUAUAAUGUUAUGACGAUCUUCUGCACACACACUUUGUGCCACGCGCGUACAUUUUAUAUGUUUUUGUUUUGCAUAAUUAUUUUAGUGCGUUAAACCAAGUGGAGGGUCAUUUUAAAUGAUUUCUAUAAAUAAUUUCUUUUUAUAUGCCCAUUUUUUUCUUUCUCUCUAGAUUAGAGCCAAAGCCUCAUUGACACCUUUGAAUCCGCUGCCAGAAACGCUCCUGAAUUACUCUAAUAGCUGCUCAUCGUUUUUUAAACCCGGGGCAACCAGCGACCUUGUUUCUUCUAGUGUUACAGGUGUGCUUGAUGUUUGCUUUUUUCCAUCACUGAAAAAAAACUGCAAUGCUUGUAGCACAUUGUAUUAAUGUGGCAUAGUAUUAGAGCAGUACUCUCUGGUAUGUGUUCUUCGACUUUUUUUUUUUUUUUUUUCACACACCACUACUAUUUUGCUUAAAUGCUACAAAUUUUAAUACAAUAAGUCUCAUUUUUUGCUUCUUUUCAGUAUCUGUUUCAAAAAGCACUAUUACUAUGUUUUAGUGGUCUAUUCACCGCUCACAUUCUCUAGGGCAGGACAGAAGUUUGCCACCUUGCUCACAGCAUUAAUGACAGGGUUUUUAUCUGGCAGGUAGCUUUCGAGAGCUUUGUGCAUUAUGCUGGAUGCUUCAUGUACGUGAGAGACUGUCUUACACCUGUAGACAAUACCAGAAAGCAAGGGACAAUGGCAAGCUGUUUAAGGUAAGAGGUUGCUAAAGGUAAUGUACUGAUCCUGGUGUUGAUGACGGUAAUUGCUUCAAUAUCGUAGCUUUUGGUUGCUGAUUGUGACCUUUUCGAUAGUUUUUUGAACUACAUUGUAGACUUGCUUGUUUAAAACCUCACUUAUAUUAAUGCAAGGGUCAUAUUGACCCUCAUAAGUUUUUGUUAACCAUUUGCCCACUGGCUGCUGGUGCUACUAGCACACAAAUAGUCAAAGCAUUCAUCAACUACUUCUAGCUGUUGAAUGGGAUGGGGCUAUUUAUUGGGGAUUAUGUGCCUGACAAAUAGAAUUAAAUCAUCUCAUCUGGUAUUUUCAAUGUAAAGCACAGCUAUCGGUUUAGAAAUUCGAACUGAUGAUUAUUGGCUUCUGAUAAGCAUUUAACGGUGGUUAUUUAGUCGUAUCGAACUGGUAGGUAGCUUAUCGGGAACAGAAAAACUGCCAAUAAAAGUGAUCAACUAAUCAAAUCGAGACUUAAGUUUCAUAAUAAAAACAUUAAGAGCUUUGGAUACACUUGGCAUUAGCAAGUUUAGCGUCCUCAAAUCUAACUUUACUUCUGGGUGUUAAGAGUCUCUCUAACCUGCUUAGCAUCUGUUCCCUGAGUUGGAUGCAGUGAGGCUCUGCUAAUUUUUUUUUUUUUUUUUUGCAUGCUCUUUUUUUUAAAGCUUUAUUUGUUGCAUAUUGUUCUAUGGAUACAUUUAAAGAUCUGAGUUUUUCAGUCCCACUAAACAAUAGUCUUUCCUUGUCAGAGUUCAGAUGAAUGUGAUCCGUGUGUAACGGAGUGCUGUUUUGAGGCACUGGAUUGGGCAUGCCGAAUGCUGCCUUUCACCCGAGUUAGUAAUUGUGAGGAGCUGAUACAGGACAUCAUUCUGAGUCUGGUUAGCGAGUUGCCUCCGGUGAAGAAGGUAGGACAUAUUAACAGUGACAUCAAAACGUACAACCCACUGUCCAUUCUAUGGAUAAAGGGACUGAACCAUGAAAAUUGCCUAACUUUACUAAAUAUUAAUACAGAGUAUGAGUCAAAGUUACAAAAAUAAGAAUAAUAAAGAACAAUAAAUCAAAUAAUUUUGUAACCAUAUCCUUCAUUUCUCAAUAAUCAUAUGGAUGGAUCACUAAAACAUAUAGUGCCAAUAUUCAUAUUUGCAUUCUGGCUCACAUACUUCUAGAUAACCCAGUCUGCUGAUGAUAUGCAGUGGUCUAGCCGCCUAGUGAAUGCAUGGGCAAUUUACAGCAACUUAAAGUAAGCUGUCAUGCAUGUCGUCUGACAGCAUUUCUGUGUUCGGAUGUGGCCUAAAUUUAGAGCCUCUUAAAAAUAUUUGUCAUUUCAGUAAAUGUCAUCUGUAUUUGGCGUAUUUUUCAGCCGUAAAUAUUAUCACAGACUUUUGUUAAUGUUUUAUGCACAUAUACUAUUGAUCUUUGCUAGACAUGUUAUUAUUAUUUUUUUUUUAAAUUACAUUUUUUUUGUAGGUGGCAGAAAUCUUGGUGAAAGCCUUCCCCCAUCCUGAUGUUGUUCGUGUACCAUUAAGGGAGAAGUAUCAUUCUGUUCAGCAGCGUCUCAGGCACUCUGUGAUUAAAGGUAACCUUUCUAAAGGUUUUGUAUUCCUGCAAUUUUUCAUAGUCCGUCCUGGGACUGACCUCAGAACAAUGCAUCGCAUUCAAAUCCCUUUGUACGUGGAACCUUACAAGGAUGCUUUGUUCACAAUGUUUAAUGCAAAACAGAUAAAUGCUACCAUGAGAAAAUGAACCUUUGUAAUAUGUAUUCUACUUCUAGAAAAUCUGCCUUUAAACUUUCAUGUAGUCUUGAAAAUGUAAUCUUAGUCCAAUAAAAACUUUAUUUUAGCUAAUCCAGGGUCAUAUCCCAUUGUGCUGCAUCCAUGGGCUAUCUCAGACUUUCUGUGUGUGAGUAAAUCUGCUUAUGAAAUAUAACAGAUAUGUGCUUUGUUUGUAACAGGACCUGAUGGAGAAGAAAUGAUGUCUGUUAUGAUUCACAAUGUGCAGAAUGUGCAUGUUAAAGCCCUCCGACGUGUGCAAAGAAACAUUGGACCCAUGGAGAUGCACUUAUGGGAGUCUGCUCUUGGAGAGACUUUUGAUGAAGAAUCGUUAUGCUAUGACAAAUAUUCUCUGGGUACCAGUCUAAGCAGGAGCACCUUGACUGAUUUUGGAAGGUCCCAAGUUUACAGCGAAUUGGACACGUUAUCUGAACCUUUGAUGUCUAAAGACACAAAUGAGAGGUAGCACCAAGGCUUAUUCUGCCUGCAAACCUUAAAAAUCCUGUGAAGAAAAUAUCAUGCUAUAGUUUGAAAUAUAUAUAAAUAACAUACACGAUCCAGCACACUUACUCAUUUGCUAAACAGUAAUUGCAAGGCUUACAGAACGUAAUAGUUUUUAUUUCAAAACACCUCACUUAGGCAAAAAUAAUGGGGGUUUAGUUACAAUAUAUGAUCAUACAUUGCUUAAGACUGCCACAAUGCCGAUGUACCCCAUUCUUGGCAAGUCCUACUCUUAUUAUAAACUGUGUUCUACUUGAAUGGCUUGUUAAAAGAUUUUAGUAAAGGAAUAACAUAAAGAAAAUACAUUUUAAAUACAAUACAAUCUUGUACAAUCCAUUAAACUGACACUUGGUAAUCCCGAUAAUAAUUCUGCUGCCUAUAAUUGUAUGGAAUUUAUCAUUUGAAUCAAUUUUAAAAUAUAUUUAUUAAAUUAAUUAUUUCUUAAAAUUAUUAUAACAGAUUAAUGUUUUACUCUGUGCCAUUUUUUUUGUUUUGUUUUGUAGAACAGGUGAAGAAUAUGUGCAUAAUCUGAAUGCAAGGACUUCAGUAAAUGACCCUGCUGGUCAAAAGCCUGAUGUAUCAAUUGAAAAUCAACAUGCCCUGCCCUCUGUUGGUACCUGGGAGUUUGAGAGAGACGACGAAGAAUACACCAGUUUUUUGGAAAUAUUCCUGAGUUACCUGCUGGAGAAAGAUCUAGUGCAUUACAAAGAGCCCGGAAUUCCCUUCCUGACCACGUUCUCCCAUCAUCUUCGAGAACAGGAACUGAACUCUCUUGUGUUUGAUGUUCACACGACUCUGAAGCGUAAACUGGGCAAAGCCAGAAUCCAGAGUGUUUUCCGAGCUGGUUCUUGUUACAACCUUAAUUCUGAUCCCUGCAGUGAUUGCGCUCUUUUAAAGGAGACAUUACACCAAAGCCAAGUCCCAGCUGAUUUGAAUCCUAAUGUAGCUUUGACUGUUGUCAUCAAAAAGCCAGAGGUUUCCACUUACAAAUCUCUUUUCAAAGGUAAAACUGGAAAUGUGUCAAAAAGUGGACUUUUUGGUUUAAAUGCUCAGAAAGCAAAGAAACAAAAUGAUGAUGAUGAUGAUGGAAAUCUGUCUGCUAAGAAAAACCUGCUGUGUACACACGAUCAGUACAAGUACAAGGUAAUUCAGACCAGGAGCUGUUUGCCAAGUGAAGAGCUUGGGAUGGAACUGCAGGCAAAGUUUAGCAAUGAAGCCAAGCUGGUGGAAUGGAUGGUCAGGUGGUCAGACAAGAGGCUCUUCUGGACAGCAGGCAAAAUGGAACCAUGCCAGCCACAGAGCACAGCAAUACGGGUUAAAACCUCAUCAGCUGCUAUUCUUACAUCAAUAUGGCUUUUAGAAAAACCCUACAUCGGAAGUGUACAAAGUGAAAACACAUGCAAGGUAAAGGUUAAUUUGUAAACCAGAUGAAUAAUCCUAAUAAAUCCGAGUGGAAUUUUUAAAUUUUAUGUUUUUGGGGAUUUUUUUGUUUUUGUUUUAACAUUUCACAUACUUAUUUUUUAUUUAUUUUUUUGCAAUACACUUUUUUUGUUUAUGUGGAAAUGUAACCUAAAGAACUGGAGGGCUUGAUGCCAUAGUGUGGGUGAAGUGGGCACCUGAAUAGACUGCAUAGGAAAGCAUAGACUUGCAUUGUUCCUUGUUUGAGCUGACUCCAUAUCUCUGAUUGAUGUUAGAAUAACAGGCUACACAAGGCGGGGUACAAUUCAAGUUUCUUAAUUUCUUGGAAGCACAUCCAGCAUUUGGUAUAAAUGUUAUUUAAUCAAGCUUUUACAUCCCAAACACUGUCAGGUUUUCAGUGCCAAAAUUCAAAUCCAAUUUCGUUUGACAUUUCAUGCCAAAGUAACUAAGCUGACUUAGAGAAUGUUUUCAACGCAGCGAUCUUGACCUUAAAUGUAAAAUUCACUUUGAACUCUCACUUUAGUAUAUAAGCUUUUGUAUGUACUUAUGAUUAUUCGAGAGUAUUGCAUCCUAGUUCAUAUAGCAUGUUAAUCUAACCUUUAUAUGUUGUGGAUAAGGAUUGGCGGUUCCCCAUGAACCGUGCACAAACCACGUUUGUGCCAUCAGCAUCUGUCCCCAUCGUAUCACUGUCGCUGGCUUCUCGGUGAUAUGUUCUCCAGUAUAUAUUCUAUAUUCUACUCACAAAGAACCAUAAAGGAGUUAAUCUGAAAAGAUGUUGAGUCUUUGUGUAUUCCUCUAGUUGAAAGAACACAAUCCCCUUCCUGUGACCAUCUCAUUUCAUUCUCCUUACAAUCGAUUUCAUGUCAGAUUGAUAUUUUAGAUUUAGAUUUAAAAUGUCAUAAUGUUUUGGCACGCUGUUUCCAUUUUAACAUAUGUUUCAUCCCUUGCCAAUUCAGACUGGCAGGUGGAGAUAGUUUGCAUUAAGUAUAGAUCUUUGCAUAAACAAUUACAUAGUCUUUACGUGUGAUAACUAACUGUGCCAUUUCCUCCCCCUUUCAGCUUCCAUUGAGGGAAUACAUUGUAGCUCCCGUUUCCCAGCCACAGAUGAAGCAUAUUUUGCAGAGAAUGGGCAGAAUGGAUGCUGGCGAUGCAGGAUCAGAGAGUGGAACACUCACAGACAUCACAGAAUAUACACAACCAGACGAAAACCUGUCUGCGUAAGUAUAGUGCCAAGCUUGCAGACAUUUUAACCAUCUUUUGAAGCAGCUAUUCAAAAUAACAAAUACUUUGCAAGUAUUUCUAGGUCACAUUAUUUAUUCUUUUCUUCCUUCCUUGCUUGGCUUCUGCCUUAUCUUUCGCUGCUCUCUUCAGUUGUUUACUAAAGUAAAAAAUGCCAGGAAUUCAAUGUGAAUUUCAAAUUUAAGUCCCAUUUUGCGUUACUGGAAGCUUAGCGGAAUUUUACGGUUCAGCUACCGUGGCCAUAAAUUUAGAAUUUUUGAUAAUUCUCACUUUAGUAAAUAACCCUGUAUACAUUUUUUUUUUUUUAGUCUUGUGGGACUUGCAAAAUAUAGGGAAUAUUAUAAAAAAUAGCUUCUAGUAGAACUAUACCAUGACACAGUCUUUUUUAAAUGUUUCAAAUAAUUUAUUCUAGCAGUAAUCUAGCUCUAGACUGCAUGGGCAAAUCUAGAAAACCCUAAAGCUGUGAUUGUGGCUGCUCUUACGAUGUAUACGCUGAUUUUAUUUAUUUUGUGUCUUGCAGAGGAGAUUAUUCUAUGUCCAUCAAAGAAAUGACUGCAGAUUAUUCUGCUUCACCACAAGCUAUUGCUGAUCCCAGCGAGAAAGUAAAUGUUAAAAUCCCAUCAGACACAGAAGGUUUGUUUAAUGUAAUUAUUGUAGUAUUGAAUUGUUAUCAUAUGUCUGUGCUACAGUAGGGCUGGGCAAAUUGUAUAUCCCAUAUAUUGUAGAACUGCAAUUUAUUAUUAUUAUUAUUAUUAUUAUUAUUAAUAUUAUCUGGGUUAUAUCUAUUAUUUUUAAAUAUGUUUACGUCUCGUGGGUUCAAAUGGCACCUGUUGAUGCACAAUGUAGGUCGGAAGACUAAAGGUCAUCCACCAAUGUUUGAUGUUAUGAAGUAUGUUUGUUUAGUUUUUUUCUCCUUAAAUAAUUUUGGCCCACUAGUAAAAAAGAGGGCGUCUCAUGAGAAACUACAAGUGGUAAUGUAACAGGUGUAGAGGGUAGGGGGAGAAGAGCGCUACUAAAAAGAGAAAAUUUUCAAUGAAGGAUAUGGGGAGGCACUGAAAAAGAGGGAGUACAUAACAGGAAUGGGAGAAACUGAAGUGGGGUACAAUGAAAGAGGAAGGAGCACCGAAAACAGGCGGGUUCUGAAAAUGGGGAAGAUGUUUGAUAGGGAGAGAAGAGGUUUAUUGAUAAACAAGGUGGACUUGGAGGGAAGUGACAUGGCUGAGGAGAGGGAAGAACAUGGGGAGAGAUGGCUUGGAUGAGACGAGGCACAUCAGCAAGAUAACAAAAAAAUGUUUUGAAAAGUCCCCCAUAGCAACAGAACCUUGACUGCCAUUUUGAAGGUUAUUUCAAGACUGAAAAUAUUAGAGUAGGCUAUUAUUAUCAGCACGUUAUGAGUGCUUCUUUACACGGGCACUUAUUUACACCUUGUCUCCUUUACACUUAUUUAUUAAUAGAAAAGUUUUUUUUGAUCUAUUGUCUUUACAGAUGACCAGGAAGAUCAACUGAACACAGAAAUAAUUCCCAGCAUCUCCGUCAGUAUAAGAUCCUUAACUCAGCAGAUAUCAGUAAGCCCUGAUUGUUAUCAUUUUAUACUGUACAACAUUAACUGUUAGUAGAAUGUGUGUUUGUGCAGUUGUCUCUCAGCAUACGGUUUUAUUAUUUCUUUAUGAUCUGUUCAAGUUAGUCUAAAGGAAGAUCUCACGUAAUUGCAUGCUUACAUCAAAAGGCAACAGCUGGAGGCUCAAUGAGUACUUUACUGACCAGCGCACACUUUAGCGCAGUGCUCUCCACAGGGAUCAGACUUACCCCAAAGUCUACUAACAAAUGCCACCGAAGAGUGUUAAACAGCAUGCCAAGGAGACAGGAGUCUGAUAAUAUGUAAUUGUUAUUUAUUGAAAAUAGUUUAAAUACUCACACUGGGAGAGUUUCGGUUCACUGCUGGCACCAUAAUCACUGUAGCAGGCUGUAGGGAUUAUGGUACUUAAAGUAGUCCUUUAAAUGACAAAUGGUUAGAACUUUCUGAAGCUUUACCUAUUUUCUACCACAAGAUGGGAGUGUUGGGCUAUUUGCUCUUAUACCCGCAAGUCUAAUCUAUGUUGGUGGUGUCCAAUCUGUUUUGAUCCAAGGCACACUUUAAAGAAAUGAAGCACACCUACUGUUUUUGUUUUUUUAUUUAUAUUUUACCUUAAUCAUAGAGUUAUAAAAGUCACGUUUACAUGCAGUCCUACUAGAGAAGCUCUAUAUGCACAGCUCUAUAUGAACUUUUAUUUAUUUUUUCUAACCUAUUACAUCACUUAGGUCAGCUUGUUUGUGGCACAUUUCUGGCUGGCCUUCAACACACCAAUGUGACACGGCAUACUGGUUGAAAACCUUUGAUCUAUGUUAUUGCCGUUCAUUGCAGCCUAACGUAAAGGCUAAAGUGUGCUGUAUCUAUGCAGAUCCUAUCAAAAUCAAUAUGUCAAAAUGGAACACUCUGCAAUAGAAAUGUAGCUCUAUGCGUGUUCAGAUGUAGAUUGCUAGUGCAUGCGCUAGUAGUUUAUGGAGCUAGAUUCUAGGUCCUCACCAGAGGAAAUGAUUAAUGGAGAUAGAAACUCAAUUGUCAGUGUCUGUCACACUCAACUUCAUCAGAAAACCUGAUAGUAGUUAGACAGUCAAGCUGUAGACACACGUUAGCAGUGAACUAGGUAAGAGUAGCAACCCCUAAGAAGAAAUGCUAAUAUACAGGGGGGAUAUGAUAGAAACAUUUAAAUACAUAAAGGGAAUCAACACAGUAAAGGAGGAGACUAUAUUUAAAAGAAGAAAAACUACCACAACAAGAGGACAUAGUCUUAAAUAAGAGGGUCAACAGUUUAAAAAUAAUACCAGGAAGUACUACUUUACUGAGAGGGUAGUGGAUGCAUGGAAUAGCCUUCCAGCUGAAGUGGUAGAGGUUAACACAGUAAAGGAGUUUAAGCAUGCGUGGGAUAGGCAUAAGGCUAUCCUAACUAUAAGAUAAGGACAGGGACCAAUGAAAGUAUUUAGAAAAUUGGGCAGACUAGAUGGGCCGGAUGGUUCUUAUCUGCCGUCACAUUCUAUGUUUCUAUGUUACAGGAUUAUUCUUGUAGUUCAAUUCCUGAUUACAUCUUCCUUUACUUCUGUAUUGCAGCCUGGUAUAAAUAUAUUUUUUUAAUCAAAGAGGAUUAUUAUUCAAUACAUACACAAAAUUAAGCCCUGUGCUCAAACCUCCACUACUCCUGGGCGGAAGCCAUUGCAAUGGUACACGUACAUAGAAUAAAACCCCCCAAAAUUUACUUGUGCACUAUCCCAAAUCUCAUUAUAGAUUUUUACCUUUUCGCUGAAGACCGCAAGGUGAAUUGUUAGUUUUUGCCUUGAUAAGGCAUGUGAGCUUCCACUUUAGUGGCCAUUGAAAUACUAAAAGAUGUCCAAUUAUUUAAAUGUGCAUAGGGAUUUGGGAUGGUGAACAAGUAACUUUUUUUGGAUGGGGGUGUUAUCAUUUGAUACAUGUCUGUGGAUGUUAAAUUGAGUUGUAUCUUCUUUUUACUGUUUAGAAACUGGCCACCAAAUCUUCUCCAAACACACCAGAUCCUGGAGAACCAGAGAUUCUGGAAACAGCCAUUGUUGACAAGUGAGUAAAAUUAUUUUUCUACGGUUCUACGAUAAAUAUUUUAAUAUUAAAGGACCACUAUAGUGCCAGGAAAACAUACUUGUUUUCCUGGCACUAUAGUGCCCUGAGGGUGCCCCCACCCUCAGGGACCCCCUCCCGCCCGGCUCUGGAAGGGGGAAAGGGGUUAAAACUUACCUUUUUCCAGCUGGGGAGAGCUCUCCUCCUCCGAUCCUCCUCUUCUCCUCCCGUCGGCUGAAUGCGCCGCGCGGCAAGAGCUGCUACACGCAUUCAGCGGUCACAUAGAAAGCAUUCAUAAUGCUUUCCUAUGGAUGGCUGUGCUCUCAUUAAGAAACUGCUAUGUCAUUAUUUUAAGCUGUUAUUCCCUAGCACAUCCUUAAAAUGCCUCGUGUCCAAUGUAGCGUCAAGAUUUCUUAAUCAUUGAAGAUCUAUAUUUCAGCAAAAACGACCAUUUAUUUCCAAAAUAAAGUACACGUCACUGCUGUUUGUAGAACUUGUCAUCUGCUCCAAACACAACUACAAUUCCCAAGAUUCUUUCACAAAUGAUGUGUGGCAGACUUUUUAGGUAUUUAUUAAUACUACAGUUGGAGUGCAUGUCUGUGUGUUUAUUCUCUAAACAUGUACCACUUGGAGCAAAGGACAAAGCGGGAUAAAGUCAUGGAAACUCUGUCAACAAAAUAAAAAAGGGUUGAUCUAUUUUGAUGAAAAACGUAAGCAAGAGCAAAAGAACAUGGCAUAAGUGUUUGAGGAAUUUGAUAGACCGUUACAAGAAAUACAUUUUUUUCUUAAUACAGAAAGAGUUGUAGAUACAUGGAAUAGACCACGAGUAGAGGGAUAUAAAGUUUAAUAGAGUUCAAUGAAGCAUGGACACUGUCCAAGUAGGAAACUGCAUCAAGAAUCAGAAAUGUUUUCUGAGCUAGGAAUGGCACACUGGAUUGGCUAUUUAGCUUUUUUCUACUUUAAUACAUCGUUUUCAGCACUUUUCCAUUCCUUUGCAUGCACAUGUCUGUAUUUGCACACAUGCAUUCACACUGAAGUCAUUUUCCUCUGUAGUCACAGGUUUAUAUUCUGAAGCCGAUGACAUAGAGAAAAGUUUUUGGCUUUUUUUUUUUUAGUAUUUUUAUAGUUUGCUUCCCUGUCCUCCCCCUCCUAUCCCCCCCAAAUGUUAAGAUAUCAGGUUUUAAUUCCAUUUGUAGUAUUACACACUAGAGUAUAUACCGUUUGGAUGUAGGUCUACCGGUUAACUUAAACAAACAAAUGCCUCUCCACACCUUAACAUGCUGCAAGCAAUUAUUACCCUGGAGACCUAACAUAAACAGUCAGUGGCUGUGAGUGUCUGGCUUUCGUUAUGUGCCCUUUGUUAAUGGUAGAUUUACUGUAGAAUCUGGUUCCAUUAUAAGUGAAGAUCACAGAUUGAAGUGGGCUACUGGUACAGAUGCACACGGAGAGCAUCAAGGUAAACCAUGUCAUAUUAUUUAAGGAGAGGGACCACCAGAAAUCAGUGUCUGCAUUCUUUGAAACCUGUGAACAAAUUAAGGGCUAACUUACGAGGAAUAAAACCAGAACACCUGAUAAUAUAUUUUACAGUACGACAUCGCCAUGGGGAACAUUGUGAAAACUACAAAUUACUAUUAAUGCAGUGCUAGCAAAGUUUGCAGAGAAAAACGCAGACUUAGAGCCUAAUAUGGGAAGGAACAGGGGGAUUGCAGAGUACCCUGUGUGUUUUUUGUUGACAGAAUCAUUUAUAUGCAAAUGUUUAUUGUAUGUAAUGUAUUGCAAGAUAUGUGCAUUUAGGUGUGUGGCCCAGUACACUGCCCUUUUUUUAAUAUAUUUCAUAUACUGUGUAUUUCUACAAAAAAUAGAAAAUAUUUAGUAGUCGCAUGGUACACAUUUGAUUCCUACUUUUGGCUAUUUUUAUUCUAUUACAUUAUUUUAGUUCAGUGAAUCAUACUUAAAGUUCCAUGCAUAGCAGGUUCCACUGGGCAUGGAUAUAACUGUGUACCAGUGUGUUGUAUAUUUCCUUUCCCGUCUACCUUUUUGAAGUCAGCAAGCUUGACUCUUGACAUGCAAGCACAGCAUGCUAUGGUCAUUCGUUGUGGGGUUAUUUUUGCAGAACUUUUUUACCAAUUGGCUACAGUAGUUAUUCUGAGUCCCUGUGCUAUACCGACUGAAAACCAAUAUUAAAAGAUUUAAAUUUCAAAAUAAUUAAAGGGACACUCCAGGUACCCAGACCACUUCUGCCCAUUGGAGACAGCCACUAGAGGGACUUCCGGGUUCUCCGCUAUGCAUGAGGACCUCCAGCGUUGCCGGAAUCCCCGUAGGAAAGCAUUGAAUAAUGCUUUCCUAUGGGGGAGGUCUAAUGCAUGUGCGCGCAGAUAUUGCCGCGUAGUGCAUUAGGCCACCCCUGCCGGCUGACGUCAGCGGGGGAGGAAUGUGGGCGAAGCCUGACCCAGGGACAUCUGCGCUGGAUUCCAGUAAGUCACUGAAGGGGUUUUAACCCCUUCAGCAACAUAGGAUGGGGGGUGGGAGGGAGAGGGACACUACAGGAACCUGCAGUGCCAGGAAAAUGGAUAUGUUUUCCUGGCACUGGAGAGUCCCAUUAACUAAAACCCUCCAUGUUCACUGCACCUGAAAUAAUUGUUCUUAUAAUGUAUGUAGCUUUGUAUACACUUCACCCCCUCUAUUUGAUUAGUUUCCCAACUCACAAAUGCCAUAGCCUUGUGAAAUUAUGGUUUGCUCAUGUGAAAUAUCUCUCCUAAACGAUUUCACUUUCUCUAAAACCUUUUGGAUCGGAGUAUGAAAUUAAUAUUUCUUCAUUCACUACAUUAGGAAUGUUGACCCAGACAUCGUUGAUUGUGACAUGCCUUCUGUGCUCCAGCCAGCAUCCAGUACAGCAAACGUCAUGCCCAGUGGCACCACCAGCACCGAAGCCCAGGAUUCUCAUGGAGAGCCGAGCACUCAACCCGUGAACACCUCUGAAGCUGUUAGACAGUUAUUCCAAGAUGAAAUGUUUAGGCUCCUGCAGGUAGCAAUUUCAGAUACAUAUGCUGAUGUGUUUUGGUGUGUGCAGAAACACAUUCAUUUUCCAUUAUACAUUAUGUAUCUUCUGUAUUACAUGAUAUUUUUGGUAUAUAUAUAUAUCCUAGUGCUACAUGAGAUUAGUGGAAGAUAUCUUCACAGGCGGCAGCUAUUUUGACUGCCGUCAUUUAAAUGGCAGCAGGUACGACUUUGGAGUGUAACACCCAUUAAUCCCAUUCAGAUUGGUGCUAGUAUGCCCUAUUCUGUUUGAGAUCAGGGCUCCUAAACUGCAAAGAAGUGAUCUGUGCUUCAUUACCCAUUCAUUACAGGAAAUAAUUGCAUGGAUGGCCUUAAUAUCCAUGCAGAACGGUAUUCUAAAAAUUCACCUGCUUGUUAAAACAACACGCAGACCUAAUAUAAAUAUUUUAUAAAAUUCUUACAACAUUGAGCAAACAAAUAACGGUAAAAUUACUUUUAUUUUAGAAAGAGAAGCUGAGCUUUGUGCUUGAAUCCACUUCCAUGGGUUCUAUUUAAAGUAUUUUUAUUUUUUUUUGCCAGCUUUACUCUAAAGCUGAAAAUACAGCUCUCUCUACAUGACUUGGGAUUCAAGCUUAUAACUGUGCCCAUUCUUCUGCACAUCAUCUAAGAAUGAAAACAACCAGGCAAAUUGCUAGCCUAGUAAAUGUAUCUCCUCUAUGAGGUCUUGUGACUUUUACACAAGAAUGCAGAGUGUUUUACUUUGCAGUGUCUCUUUCUGUCUGUGUAUAUCACAUGCAUGGUUUAAUUUCUUCCUCUGAAAUAGUCUACAGGAUGAACAAUUAUACUGAACAGUAUUAUUAUUUUUUUUUUAUAUACAGUUUUAGAAAGGGGGGGGAAAUCUAAUUACUAAUGCCCAACAUGGCAUUUUAAAUUUAAAAAAAACAAAAAAGUUUAAUUAGAUUUGAUUGCUGUGUCAUUAUCAUUGCAAUGUCAUCUUUUUAUCCUUUCUAAAAUGAUUUAAUUCAAAAUGUAACCAUGUGCUUAUUUUGUCUCUUCAGCUUCAGCAGAUAAACUUCAUGAGCAUAAUGCAGGUUGUAGGAUCUUCGUUUGCUGCUCUGCCUAACUUGCAGCAUAUUCUCCAGCAAUCCUCCCACACUGGGAGAAACCAAUUGGUAAAUGUUCCUCUGCAGGAACAUGCAGCCUUUCCAUUCCAGUCUCCAAUCCCUAUGGACAGUGUGCGUAGCCAGGCUCCCCCAAACACCGAAAUCCUACCUAACACUGGAGCUUGUACUGAGAAACCAAUCCAAGGAACUACCAACAGUGCUGCUGCCACGGAACAAAAUGCUUUGCAUGAUGAGAGCAACAAGGAAAACGUAUCACAGGUUGUCAAAAUGCAUGAAUGUGGUGAUUCUUUAAUUAUAUCAUUUAGUAUUAAUCAAUAUCUCUAAAUGUUUUUAAAAAGAUUUGUUAAACCAUUGUCCUUUGAUCUUUACAUGAUCUAUAAAGUGUGUGUGUGUGUGUGUGUGUGUGUGUGUAUUUUUGUAUAUUUGUGUCCGGGUUAUUAAUCGCCGGUAAAACAAAUCCGGUAUGACGGGUAUCUAUACAUCAUCUUGUCUAUUGGACUAAUAAGGCAGUAAGGGAAGUUUAAAAAUUAGACCUCUUUUCAUGAAGUGGAUAGGGAGGCUGUGUGUAUCACAGCCAGAUGAUUUGUGGCUAGGGCUGGAUGAACAAAGUGAUUUAACUCCUAAAUUACAGAUAAUUAAGCAGUGAGGCACACAAGCAUGAUCUAUAUACCAAAUCACUCUAUUAAGCUAAGGCUGUUUUGGUAGAAUUUUUUUUUUAUUUUUUAUUUUUUUAUAUGUGGGAGACUUGUCCACUUUUAUAAUCUCUAUAACCAUCAAAGUAUCCUUGAAUAUAAUGGGUUUUUUUUUCACCUUCUGCCCUCAGAAGCUUCCUCAGUUGAGUAUCCUUGUAAACCAUGGAAUGAAGAAAGAAACUAUUCCAGGAAAUCUGGGAUUACUUGGUACAGAUCCUAGCCCAAGUUUGCCGUUUAUAGUGGGUCCUAAUGUUCCUGUUAUUUCAGCACAAAUGUCUGCUUCCAGUGGAUUCCCACUGCUUAAACUGCACCCCCAGCCUAGCAUCAUGCCUCUGAAUAUAAUUCCAAGAUACUUUUCCCAAGAUUUUGCAUCAUCUAAAUGUCCUCUUCCACCCAGGGAAGCCUGGGGUCCAUCACAAAUGCAGAAGAUCACCCACAGUUCUCAUAAAGCAAACUGUACUACUGAUACAAAUGUUACAAAGAAUGACAUCAAACUAUUGAGGAAAGCAGAGGAGAACAUGAAGUGGGCAGAAGCAGUGAGAAUUCCAAAACGUCUAUCUACAGACGAUCAGAGUUUGCAAGCUGGUCAUCCAGUUCACCUUCAGAGAUCAAACAUCCAACAGAGUGGACAAAAGCCCAAAAGCUUAUCACAUGGGCUUUCUUUGGAUAACCCAGCAGGAAUUCCUUUACUCCAUUUGAAUAGAAAGCCCAUUCCUUAUUUCCCAUCACAGACAGGACCUGAUUCCAGGGCUCCGGAAUCCUUACAGUCUCAGGCCAUGACUCCAACAUUAACUUUGCUUAAAACACACUUACCUCAGCAGCCACAGGUAAGUGCUAGGCAAUACACUGCUACAAAACCAUAAACACAUGCAGGUGAUUUCCAGCUUCAAAUUAAAUUCAUGUUAUUAAUUGGUUAUAGCUGAUACCAUAACACUGUAGUUAUAGCUGAUCAUGCUAACUUCUCUUUGUUUAGUUUUAGCUUGUUGGUUAGGUGAAAUAGGUAUAUAUACAACUGUUUAUGUGAUGAAAGCGCUUAAAAUACAAAAAGUAUCACUGUUUUAAUUGUGCUACAACACUCUAGUGGGAAUCCCUCUUACCCACCAAAAACAUGCAUAAAAGAAAGUGGGGAAAAGAGCCCCAAAAGCUUGUAACCUCAAGAGUGGAGUGUAAAAUGGUGGAAAUGUGACCACCUACCCUAAAUAGGGUUAUAUCAGAGUAUUCCGAACUUGGAUGGUAUUCCAAUCGAUUAGAUAUCAAGGUACCUAGUGGAUUGGAAUACCAUCCAAGUUCGGAAUACUCUGAUAUACCCCUAUUUAGGGUAGGUGGUCACAUUUCCACCAUUUUACGCUCCACUCUUGGCGUUACAAGCUUUUUGGGCUCUUUUCCACUUUCUGUUAGGUGAAAUAGGAGUUAAUGACAUCCCUUUUAAAUCCUCUUUAAAACAAUUAGAUGUUAGUCGAAUGUAUACGCACACUAGAUGUUAAGUGACAUAAUGCAAACUAAAUGCACUAUACACUUAUACACUAGGCGGUAGCCGAGUGCAGAUAACUGUUAAAUGUUGAGUGUACUUUGUGAACUACAUUUCCCAUGAUGGUCAAGCCUUUUCUCUAGUGUAGCAGCCCCUUUACAUAAUAAUGUGCUUUUGUGCCAGGUAUAGAAUGAUUUAAGCAGUUAUAGGUGCCAGGUUAUCUAUUCAUAUUGAUUUGCAUAUAUACGUUUUCACAAUAGAUAGAUACCUGCAUAAACAUUCCUUCUUUCUUUUUUUUGUUGUUGAGAAUUUGCCCAUUGGACCCUCUCCCCAGCUGUUACCACUACAGAACUUGAUUAUGUUUGAAAAAAGCCACACAAACCAAGGCCUCGGUGGUACCUCGGAGGACACAUUACAGCUACUGAAGGCAAACAUUAAACCAUUUGAAGAAGUUGUGAAGAAAGGAGAUGAUGAUCCUUUUAAACAAGUUGUGAACAAAGAAGAUAGUAUUAAACGGUAUAGUAACUAAUGGGAAGGUGUGAAAAAUGCAUGUAACAAAGCUAUAUUUACAUAUUAAUGCAUAUUUACUGUCCACACAUUCUUAAAUGAAUUCUUCAGGUAAGUAACUAGGAAUAUCCUAGUAUUUUGAAUGAAUUAACACCCGUUCUGGGGAUUGCAGAAUCCCAAACUUGCAGCAGAAUAUAAUAUAAAUAUCUGUCUGGCUUUACCCUCGUAUAAAGUAACAACAGUCUCUUUGCAGCAUUGUUAAUGAAGUCUAUGUUUCUGCUCUGUUAUAUGCCCAGAUGCACCUUUUCCUCAUCUGUUGACUUUUUUUCUUUUGUCAAGCACUGUAAUAUUGAGCCUUGCAGGCCUCUGUAUCAUAUGGUAGGUGAGGAGUUCAUACAGUCAAAUCCUCUGCACAUAGCAGAGACAGACCCGAGUCAGAAAGAUUAAAUAAAUACUCUUUUAUCCACUUUCAAAAACUUCUAUUUGUAAAUGGGAAGGAAGUAUGUUGAUCUAGCUGCCUAGACUAUCCCACUUCUCAACUCCAAGACCAGGCUUUUCAAGUUGGUUAGCCAUCUAACUUGCCUGAUAUGAAGACAAAAGUGUCUUUGCCUACAUUUUCCAGGUCUUUUUAGGGGGUAUCUGCAGCCAUUGCAAACUCUCCCCAUCUUCCACAGCAUUCUCUGUCUGUCCAAUCACAGACUUCUCAGUGAGCUGUAUCACAGCGUUUGAGAAGUCUUUGCAAGAUCUUUGGGCAUUUGCUUGCCUCUUGAGUUUAGCCACGGAGCAAAUAUUCCAGGAAGUAGCCGGAUCAGAUGUCUGACGCCAUGUAAUUUAAUAAAAGUGCUGAUUUCUUAUGCAUAUUCAUGGGGUUUAUUCACUAUAUAAUCCGUUGAAAAAAAAUCAAAGCAAAUAGAGCAGAGUUUUAGUUAUUUUCUUUUUACUCUUUGGUAUAAAGUUCUCCGUUAUCUUCUCAACCAUAAACAGACUGUUUCAGUGAAUGAACCUCUUUGUUUUGGGUUAGCUUACGAUAAAAAACCCAAACAUUGUAUAUUAUUAACAGGCAGAGGAGACGCACUAAACAGAAAGACCGCAAACCAGAGAGGAAAGCUUCUGUUACAUUCCGUCCAGAAGAUUCCAUCAUUUUCUCCAAUAAUUUUGAUGACCCUGUGCAAUCAGAGGUAUGUUUAGAGAAAAGAUUUACAAAGACUCCACCUGCUCUCCUGUAUCCCACCAAACGCAUUACUUUUCCAUAUUAUAAUCUGAAAUGCCGAGUUUACUCCAUGAGUUACCAUAGAAAGGCAGUAAUCUUUAUCAAACUGUUAUAUCUGUGGGAGUCAUGUAGAACUGUACCGGGAGGGAUCUAUCUUGCUUAAGAAAUGCAAGCCACUAAAUUUGUACCGAAUUCAUAGCAUAUAUUGGUUAGAAAUAGUACUUUUUUUUGUUUCUUUUCCCUCAGUUUUAAACUAAUAUUUUUUAUUUUCAUUCAGUCUCCUUUUAAAGCAGAUACCAUCGAUUCCCAUUCAUGUCAUCAUUUCUACAAAGAAUCCCCCUGCAAUAUUUUGUUCAAAAUAAUGAAUCUAGUUUUAUUUUUCUAGAACAUGGAUAAGAAACAGUCUGGAUUGGAAGAAGACUCUGACUUUGUCAUUCCCCUAGGUAGAUCCGUUAAAAUUCCUUUUAAAAUUCAAAGUGGGACCAUUAGAACAGUUCAAUGGUAUGAUGGUGAAUUGCUGGUUAGUUAAUUUUGUUGACUAACAAUUUUAGUUGACUAAAACAAUUCAGAUGACUAAAAUUAAAAUGUUUUUUAAGUCAAAAGACUAUGACUAAAUUGAAAUUUGCCGCCAAAAUGAACACUGCACAGAGGGGCUGGGAAAGGGCCAAAUUUGACAGAGGCUUUAACUAAACACGUUAGAUUUUAGUCGCGUCAACUAAAACUAAAUCAGAAUUUGCCGCCAAAAAAAUAACACUGCAUCAAAACACUGGCCUCUGUGCCUGAACUCAUACACGUAUUAAAUUAAUAAGAAAUGAACAGGGUUAUUCACUAAAGUAGUGUUACCUAGUUUACAUAGUUACAAGGUUACAUGGUACCCAGGGAGGAAACUGUAAAUACAAAUGUUGGGGUCUCCCUCUGCACCACCCUCAACCUCCUUUUGUUAGGUAAGGUAUACACACACAUUCACACGUACUUACAUUCUUAUACAUAAAUGCAUUCAUAUACACACAUGAACACGUAUACACAGAAAUACACUUUGAUACAGAUUAUACACCUAAUUAUACACAAUUAUUCAUAUACACUCUCAUAACAUCCAAACGCGUUUGCGCACAAACACUUAAUUUUUAUUUUUAAUGCUGUGAGGUCCACCUAGCCUUCAUGUCCUUUCCUUGAUAUUGAUGGCUUUAGUGGAAUUUCAUUCAUGGUGUCCAUUGUGGUGCAGCUUGGAUCAGUCUCUGUAGACUCUGAUUUUCCAGCUGUAUACUGUUGACAUCCUAUGCUGGCUCCAUCAACCGUACAGGGUGCAUGCUGGAGCUGGGAGAUCAUUGCAGAGUGAUCCCAGCAGUUUUCUCUGCGCCAGCACCACAAGUAAAAUGUAAAGCAGGAACCUGUUACGCGGCACCAUCACAUGAUAGCUUCCUGCUCUGCUGGGAGGGGAAGGGGCAGGUGCUCUCCCCAAAUUCCUGUCACCCCCCCCACUCUAGUAGGCCACUGGCCAUUGUUUUUAAAGGUCAAACACUCUAUUCAGAAAAACAAAAUCUUGUAAUAAUUAAAAUUUAGUUGUGACCGAAAAUCUAGCUGAGAAUUGUUCCAUGCCAACCUUUCUUUUUGUAGUGAACGACCCUGGAAGUCAAUAGUAUUGUGCGUAUUUAUAUAAUUAAAUGUUUGUCAAAUAGAAUAAAUGAUACCACAAUAAAUAAAUGGGUAUAUCUGCCAAUAUAUAAUCUAAUAUACCUGUAUUGUAUCCUGCUAUUUCUAACAGGUACAUUUGAGUCUCUAUUGUCAAAGGAGAUUCCGGGGAAUCCGAUUCCAUCUAUAGCUGCAGAGUUACAUUACAUGGCAUCGACUCAGAAGAAAGCCCCUGAAAUUCGAGACGCCAGCACAAACACAGAUUCUGGUAACAUUAGCGACUCAGCUUCUCACUGUAUACAAAUACAGUAAUAUUAAAAUGAAUACGUUUGCAGUACUGUACAUUAAAGAGUGAAACCGGCACUUCUUUGAAAAUUACACCUCUGAAUAACAUAUUGAAAUUCACCAUUCGUGUGCUAUAAACAUUUUUUCUCCAUGUUGUGCUCUUUUUCCUUUUAAAUAUGUAUUAAAAGAAAAAAAAAUCUAGUUCAGUCCUGGCACCUUAGGGCACACAAUGCAAAUAACAUUGUUUCUUUUCUACUCUGUAUGCUUUCUGCAUGCUCACGGCCAGGUGCAAAGAACAGAACUUGUGAUUAAGCUAAGUCAGAGUUGCCUAGUUGCAGGAUGAAGAGGUGUGGAUAUUUAAAUUUUAUUUUUCACAUCUCACAAAUACAUAUUUGUAAAAUACAUGGGAUAACUAAACAUAUUAAAAACUACAGAAAGUGACAGUUCCCCUUUAAGAGUACUUUGUUGUGAUGGCUAUAUUUCUGUCUAAUGCUAGAUCAUUGUGUGAUAAUCUUUUAUGCUUUCUACUUUUCAAGAGCGUGACUUUAACGCCUCUCUUGCCACGGCUUCCAAGGAGCGCACUAAGCAGUUUAAGAAUUCAGGGACUACACCUGUCGAUUUGUCUAAUAGUCCGCUGCCUGCUUCUUAUACCGGUGCAGGUGUGUUUCGCAAGCUUUGCUUACUGUAGAAUCAUUGCUGAAUAUUGAGAACACACAGUGUCCGUUUAUAGUCGUGUGCCUGUUGCAAUGACUCCAGAACCCCACUGUUGUGUUGGACUCUUCGUUUAUAAGAGUCCGUGGUUUCCAUGUCCUUUAAUCUGGCCUUGAAAUCAGAUGUAGGUGAAACCAUAAAUAAUGUAAAAAAUGUUACAUUUUAGACCAAAGUAACUAAACGAGAAAUAUUCGGCAAGUUUUGUAUAUUUUCAAUUCUGGUUAUUUUAGGCGCGAUGUUUGUGAAUUCUCCACCUUUCCAGUUAAUGAGAGAUCUGAAACGCUUGGGAAUUAGUCACUUCUCAUUUAUUCCAUCUAGCUUCUUAUUACCUAUUUCAUUCGGUGAAUUUAGCUACACCUAGAUUGAUUUGUGCCUUCCUCCACUCCUUUGUGUUCACAGGAAAUCUGCUUUAUUUAAUAGCAAGGAUUCUCAUACACCUUGAAAUACAAAAGGGCUCAAUUAAAGGGACACUGUGGGUGUUAUAAACACUUCAUCUCAUUGAAUUGGUGAUCGUACUUACACUCCAUUGGGGCUAUCCUUCAAUUCAGCGUUAAACUGUUUUAUGGGUUAACACUGAAUGAGUUUGCCUGGCAGUCUACAGCCAACACCUGCUGAAGUUAACAAAGGAGUUAAAUUGGAGAUUACGCUCUAGCCAUACCAAUUUGUACCACGGGCAGCUGUGAUUGGCUGACAGUGCUCAGCAAUGCUAAAGCAUUAUCCAGAGCAGCACAGAGGGGCUACUUGCUCCUGGGAUCCCUCAUUCAGUGUUAACCAGCUGAAAAUUUGUAUUCCAUCCCAGCACAAGGACUCAUUAUUUUAAAAACAUUGUAAUAAGUGGAUUAUCAUAUUGCAAUUUUGCUCACUUAACUGUUGCCCUUCCUGAAGCCAGUUCCACAUAUAAUCAAUAUAUAUGAUUGUUCUAAUUUUCUUUCUAGCACAGUGUAUAGAAAACGAUCACUCCAUAUCACUUUAAUAUGUUACAUGCAAGAUAUUUUUUUCAUUCCAUUUUCUCCAAUUAGAAAUCCGACUGGAUGACAUUCCUCCAGAUUCCUUGCCACCAGCGAUGUUCCUGAACCUUGGUUUCCAUAAUAACAAGCCAGAGGACAAAGCAGCUCCAACUUCAAAACCAGACCUUCCACACAAUCCUGUAAGGGGUCACUGUAGCUACCGUCUGGGAGAGUUUGGAGUUCAAUCAUGGUUUUACCUAUUUUUAGCGGAGUUUACGUUUUUUUUAAUUGGGUACAUCUGAUGAAUACAGUGUAUACUGAAUGUAUUGCAUACGGUGAUGUAGCCCUUAUCAUCGGCUCAUUCACAGGUUCACUGUAACUCUGAAGCCGAGACCUUCAAACUUGUAAUAUUUAUCUGAUAUUACACUUUGAGUAUUGCAGAUGCCGAUAUAAGAAAAGCCCUGAAAUGAACGAGACAUUUUAGUUAAAACACCAUUUUUUUCAGUGUUUCAUCUUUUAAAUGAAGAAACCGGGUCACCAUUGAUUUACAAAGGAAAGGCACAUCAUCUUUGCUUUACAUUGUUAUGGACCUUUGUUGUCCAACUGCAGGCCUUUGGCUAACCAUGCAUGAUUUUUAAUGUUUCUGCACAUCUCCAACCAUCUACAUGGAGUGUUACAAUUUGGGAAGGAACCAUGUUCUAGAUUCCUGUAUAAGCAAGUCCCUGAAUCCUUCUCUCACCCUUCCCCCGACAGAAGAUAUUGGCCGGAAAGUGCCCAGUGUUUAUUGAAACGUUUUAAUUAAUUUUUUUACUGCACUUUUACGUACAUAAACUCCUUUAUAAAGAUGCAUUGCUGUAUAUUCAAAUUACCACCCAAUGAAUAGCAAAAAUAAUAAACAAAAUUUUAAAUGAAAAUAUACAAGCCAGGAAAUGUUAGAAGUAAAACAUUUUCCACAAGUGUCUGAUCCUCAAAAGGUACAUUUACAUAGGGGAAGUGGGAGAAGUUUGGGCAUCUUAACCGUGAACUCGUAAUAUAACCAUUUCCUCUACUUUCUACCAUUUAAUCUACUCUACUUUACUUUAAUCCAGGUUGUCCAACAAUAUAGAAGUGUGAUUGACACUGAGGAAGAUGUGCCAGGGACAGCAGCUUCCGUAGACCCUUCAGGGAAGACCUAUGACAGACCAGAAAUUUUGACUGAGAAGACUGAUCACCUUGAUGCUCCAGCAGAUCUUCUCGACAUUGCUGGUUCUGAGACUCAUACUAGACAUCCUGACAAUUAUCAGCCCAGAGGUAAUGUGUUUUACAAAAGGAUCGAUCUAGUAAAAUGUACACAUUAUGAUCAUCCAUAAAACAUUAAUAAAGAAAACAUUUCUUUAACGUUAAACUUAUUUUUUUUUUCCUCAUAAGGAAGCUUCAUUCCUAACAUCCCCAUGGAGAGACCGAGAUUGGUGGAGAGGAUACCUAGUGAAGCAGACAUGGUCACAUACAAGAUGUUGUCUGAGGAUCCCACACGUGUUCCAUUCGUUGAUUCCAACACAAGAGCUUGGCCAUCUAGAAUUCCAAGGGAGAAUCACGCUAUCUCAACGUUGCAGGAGAUGGAUUUUCAGUUGACAGCUCUACAAGAAAUGGCAGACAGCAUGGAGAGAGACUUUGCCAAUACUGAGCUUGUAAGUGUGAACAACAUCCGUUCAGUAAGGUUUAUUUAUAUUGUAAUCGCGAGCUUUGUCAGUCGCUGUAAAGAAAUAUCCCAUUUCACUGUACAGAGUAAUUUCAAUGAAGGCCUCAUAUACAAUCUAACUUUGAGACCUUUUUCCAGUAGUCCUCUUGUACACAUUUUAUAAAAGGCAGAAUCUUAUACAAACUGGUAAGGGAGGGGGUAUGGGCUACAGUACCACCAGAAACACAUUUCUCAUUGUCAUGUAGUAAUACUUAUUUUAAUUAUCAUUACAGCUGGUUAAUACGAUUGAAAACCUCACAGCUGCAGUGGAUCCUGAUGUAAAAGAUGUUAAAGUCUCUGAAAAAGGUUAGUAUCUUUUUAAAGCAGAAUUGUAUUGUUAUUUUACUACAUGUUAAACUAGUGCAUCUAAUUGGGACACACUUUAACUCCCUAAUGCUCAACAUAUUUGCGAAAGUGUUGCAAGGUUUCCAAAAUGGCCGUGUUCGAUCCAUUGCGGUCUGUCAUUAUUAAUAUAAUAAGAUGACUUGUGUGUAAUUUAUUUUAGCACUUGAUGUAAAUAAUGUGAGGAUGGAAUCACUUGCUGAGGAAGAUGAAGAGCUUGCAUUACCAAGCCCAGCUGCGAUCACUUCACGUCCUAUAGUUUCCUUUUCAUCAAGCCGUACCUCCAACAACUCUAGAUCUUUAACUGGUAACUCAUCUUCUUUUUCAUCUUAAUAUCACCAAUGUGUACAGUUAGCAUUUUGGGAGAGUUGCCAUAUUAACCCUUUCUCUCCUAACCUCAGUGUGUACAAUACAAAUAAAAAUAUAGUUAGUAACGCCAAUCUUAUCCUUCUAUCCUGUCCAUCUCUGAUCUUGUCCAACAGAUAAACUAAUAUGAUAUGUUAUCUCGAAUGGCUUAUUCACCCAGUAUUUCUAUAAAGGCUGCACGAAUAGAUUAAUGAGAAAUCUGUAAAUGUACAUAAUUUAUUGUUUAUGGGGGGAGGGGGAGUGGGGGCUUCUCUAAAAGUUACUUAUUUUUUCCCCUCUACUAAAAUAAAUGGCAGUAAUGUGAUUAACAAUUGCUAAAUGAAAACUCUUGAUACAGCACCAAGUUACCUUAUCCUAAGAUCCUUAUUGCCUGGUAUUUAACUUGCAUUACUUUCUGCAAGGUGUCCAUGGGGAUUCUUUGUGUUACUGCAGGUCUCCCUGGGUAACCAUCGUGGGUGCUGUGUAAUGAAUAAUGCCUCAUUCCCACACUAGUCAGGGACGUGCUGAACACUGGGUUACUGUUACAAUUUGAAUCAGUCAGUAUUGGGAAGUUAGGAAUCUAAAUCAAUAUUAAUGGCAUCUAAUGUUGUUUCAGCUCCUGCACACCAUACACACGUGGAUAAAAGGUAAGACUAUGUGUAUUGCCUUUUAUUAGUUGUUUUUUUAUUUUUUGCUGUUGUAAUUGUGCCUUAAAUUGCCUUCAAAAACUGGAAAUGGGCCAAAAUAAACCUACUAACAAUGAGACUUUUACAUAGCUUUUAGUGCCUAAUCCUCCUCCUUUUUCUCCCAUUAUCACGGUGACUUACAUCAUUGAAACAUUUAAGGCCAGAGUAGCCAAACUGAGACAGCAGAGCUGCAUUUUUCCAGUUUGACCAUUUUGGCGUUGAAUUCUCACUUCAGUGAAUAUCCACUUAUUUGGGAUUUGUGUGUUGAAUGAUCUCGGGCUGAGCUUAUUUAAUCGUGCAUCUGGAGGAAGGCCGUCAUAAUGAUCAUACAGCAGUUAUUUGCUGUUUGAAAAAAAUCUUUACAUAUUGUAAGUGUAAAAUCAUUCAUCCUUACUGUCGUUUUUAUUUCCUGGCUGUUAUAAAUGGCAGAGUGGCUUAGCUUGGACCAAGAAAUCGUGAAAAAAGAGAACAAAACUUUGUAAGAAGGCUUACCUUCAGUUGGUAUUUCAAAGCUCCCAAAAGUUAUACACUUAGUCAAGGGAGAUCAUUUUUGAUUCCUACAAAAUAAAGGUUUCUUCUCCCAUGUGAAUAAAAUGUAUUUGAGAAAGCCGCACCUUUAGUGUGCUCAAUGAGAACACAGAAAAGUGUUUAUGUUCAUUUGGAUACCCACUGAUAAAAGGAGCUCAGCAGAGUGCUAUACCUGUGGCUAAUCACCUCUCUACAGAUCGAACAUGUGUGUCUAGUGAGCGGAGAUAAAAGCCAAAUAAAAAGAUUUCCAUUAAGGUAAAGUCUAAUAACAGAAACGCUGUUUGUCUGUGCAGAUACAGCUUGUCUCUGCUGAAUCGGGCUCAGUGUUUUUACAAUAUAGGGAUGUAUACAUUGAACAGGUAACUUGAUGAAGUACAGCCCCAAAUUAGCCAUAAGAAAGCCCUUAGUCGCCAACACCGCAUUGGUUUGAACUAUAUCCACUUGCACUGUUGUAUGCAUACGUCUUCAACCAUAUUUAGUUAUUGAGCACCCCUACUCUCUUUUGAUUAUAAUAUGACACCAAAAAUAAUAAAUUCUGUAUAACUUGUUGGAGACACUAAAUGAUGCCGUGACUCAAACUACUAAGUGUGAGAUAAAAACCAAAGCAAAUGUUAUCUGAUAAUAUCCGCAUAAAAUAGGCAAUAACAUUUUUCUAGGGUCUGCAGACCCCCGGUCCAGAUAACAUCACCAUAUAACCUUUUACAAACAAGUAAAUGGUUGGCUCUCGGAGAUUGAUAAAUCCAUGUUUAAAAAGCAAUCUUCAAACGGGAGACCUCAUACCUAGAGUAAGUCUAAAUACUAUUAAUUUACAUUACAGCAUGCAGACACACCAGUGCAGUUAAUGCCAUUUAACCUAAAACAAACAAGUAACAGCUGGGAAUGACAUUGGUGGUGCCAACUUUUUAAUUGGGAAGGUUCUCCAGCCUUAAGAUAUCACAAUGCUAAAAGCAUUGCCAAAUAACGUUUUACAGACCAGGGUAGGGUAGACAACUGACACAUGGGUGACAGGUCCCAGACUCUGACCUGCAGGACUUUUCCAAGACUGCCCACUCGCAGGACAUCCAACUCUAACCGCCUCUGCAGUCCUUCUAAAACUCUCUGAAACACACUUCUUUAUAGAAGCCUAUCAGCUCGCCCCUUAACUACCCAUCCCAUACAACCUUCCUAUGCCAUCUCCCAUCUCCUUCCUGCUCCUGAACACCACCCCUUCCUUCAGGAUCAUACUGAUCACUUAAUUCCUCAUGUAUUUGUUCUCCAUCCAUUUAGAUAUUAGCUUGUUUGGGCAGGGCCCUCUGCACCUACUAUUCCCGUGUGUCCUACGUGUUUUGUUAGAAUUAAAUGUUUGUUUUGUUUACCUAUUGUACAGCGCUGUUGGCACUAUAUAAGUAAUUAUCAUUGUACUGACAACAUGUCAAUCUAGCCUUCUAUACACUAUUUUUACAGAACCCUGUCAUAGAGGAUUUAAUACUUGCCUCAGUGCUCCCCAACAUGCUUAUGAAUAUGAAAUAAAAGUAAGGUCUGCACCAAGUAAAACUGAGUAUGGAACGAAUAGUCCAGAUAAAAUGAGUGAAUAAAAAGAGUCUUAUCUAGAGACGUCUGUUGGAGUCGUAUUGUAUGGCAGUACUUGGUCCAGAACAAUUGUCCUUAUUGUUUUCUUCCUUGUGGAUCAGCUCAUAUACAAGAGAUAUAAAAAAUAAACAGAGAGCCAAAUAGUGUAGUAUGUUUGAUAGUUGAGGAAGUAAAAGUAUAUAAAUCUGGAAUGCAAACUCACAUUUAAAAGAGCUAGAACCCACUCUGGUGUGAAAGGCGUACAGCGGUUUAAUUCCCCGCUUAUGGGAUAUGAAGUAAAUUUCCUUCGUCUGUGAUAUGUUUCCUCCGUCCGUGGUAUGAUAAGCACUCGGAUAAAAAGAAACAGCCAAUAGUGUUCACUGGAUAAGAAACUUUUAGAUAAAAUAAUAAAAUAAAAUGGGUACUUACAAGAUAGGAGCAGAUAAUACCCACUUAAUUCUCCCGUUAGGUGUGGAGCUCUUGUGAAACGCAUCCAGCCGCCAUGGAGCUCAGGCCCCGCCCCCUGGUAGUUCUUUUAUUGACUGUUGAAUGGAAUAGUGUUGACCUACAACUCUGAAAUACUGCAUCUAGAACUCUACCAAUGGUGUAGACAAAUUGAGACACAUUAGGAAACAUACAAAAAUCUAUAGACCUAAUUAGGAGGGGAAAAGGUAAGAAACCAAAUGUCCACAUUUUUUUUUUUUUUUGCUUGUUUGUUUUUUAAACUUUAAUAUUUAAUAUUUAUUAUAAACCAUUUUAAUUUUCGACCAUGUGGAAGUGGCAUUGUAUUGUGCUCGGUUUGUAUUAUUUCCUCGGUAAUCCUAUUCUUAUUUUGUAGCAUCCUGGAUCUGACUGGUCUGAGCGAUUUUGCCGAUAUCCUGAACGAUCUCAUGGAAGGAGGUGUUUCUGCUACAGAACUUGGUUUAACAGAGUUUCAGGCGAGGACAUUAUACAGGUAUAAGCAUACUGGCAUGCUUCUAGACAACAUGUAAAACCUGGAAUGUAGAAAGCAACACUGUGUUGGUCAUGUUCUCUUUUCUCUUUCUUUUUCAUCACAAUUGGGAUUAUUAACCAAACUAUAUUAUUAUAGUAAAUUGAAAUUUGAAUUAAAAAAUGUAGGCACAGAUAGCCGAUUUAGAACAAUUCUUUAACUCUACUAUAGAUUUCAGUUUUCUAUAAUUCAGAGUUUAGUGAAUGAAUUAUAGCAUGUUGAAAUCUGAAUUUUAAUUAUAGAUUUAAAGUUUAGUCUCUGUGUAUUUCCAGGGCACGGCAGGAUAAUGCGUCAUCGCGAAGUCCUUCAAAGAGGACCCAAAAAGAGAGGAGAGAGCUUCAGCUCUGGAUGAAGAGAAAGCGCAGAGAACGUUUGAUUGAGCACCGGAAAAAGCUUGAGGAACUACGUGAAAUGGAGCAUGAUCCUUUUCAACCCAGGAGCAAUGCAGUAAGAGAAUGUUCCCCUGUUUUUUAACUCUUUUGCAAAGUCCAAGCUCAGGGAGGAUACUGCUGGAUUUUGUGACAAAGUCUAACAGGUGGACCCAUGCAUUCACACAUACUGUAACAAAUAUCUUCACAUUCAGGCAUGUAGCUUCUACAAACAUGGAAACCCAGUGAGUGAGGUCCCUCAGUUAGCCUCUGAUGUAAGGCAGACAUAAAUCCCACUGGCUUCCCCUUGAGAGCCUCAAUCCACCAAUGUUCUACCACCCUCACAUCCCAUUGAUCUUUAUUAAGUUUCAUUUGCAGAAUCUGUUACACUUUGCAGGGGUUGGAGCAUUAUGUGAGUUCCCAGGCACGGUGCUCAUAAAAGUAAGCCUAACCAAGCGUGUUUUGGUCAUAUCUUUGGUUACAUACAUGCAACGUUCCAUCUCAAAGGGGAGAAAUGAAACUGAGCUGUAAAAAUAUCUUCUGUAUAAUUCCUUCUGUAUGUCACCUGUCUUGGCUUUGAAUGUAACAAAAACUAUUACAUUUCCAAAAGCAUUAUUGGUGGCCUUAAAGAUGAGCAGCGUUGGCUACUUACCCAUACGGGUUUUAUUUUCUAUUUCCAUCAGGAUUUACAGAAACCGUCCAAUGGAAAUACCUUCUGCAUGAACCAUGUUUAUUUCAUUUCCAGGUCUCCACUGAGAGGCAUGGAACAAAGGGACAGUUUUCUGUGAAGACUAAGUGUAUUUAUCACAGCAGAAGCAAACAUUCAGCAUAAGAAGGCUUCGUGUGUUUAUCCUAUGAACAUGGACAAAAAUCCAACGUGCCUUAAUCCAGUUACUCAAUAAUAUUUACUGCAGGGGAAUCUGUCGUAUAAUGAGUAUCAGGCCAGGGAGGCCAUCUGAUACCGUCACAACAAAAGAUUUUAUGGAAAAGUCAAAAUUUGGUCCUUUGUAAUAGAUAGUAUAUGAUGCUGGAAGUGGCCUUGUUUUUCUCUUUCUUUUUAUUAUUUAAGAAUUUGUUUGAUCUAUUGGGGUGGGAUAAAUUAAAAACAUUUUUUAUUUAUUUUACAAAAUCUUCCUGGCAGCAUAUACUGUGAUGUAAAACAUGGAACUGCAAUGGGGGAGGCAUGCGGUACUCAAGUGCAUGUGAGUUAACCCUUUAGUGCCCACACCUCCUUUUAAGUACAUUAAGGUCUGUGCCGUGUUGGAAAAUUAUCUCAAGAUGAGACUUUUAGAUCAUUUUACAAUUAAAGCACCAAAGGCCUUCUCUGUACUGUAGCCAUCUAUAAAGUGUAGUGAAGUCCAGUGAGGAGAGAUUUGGUUUGUGGAAACGAAUGGCUGUUUAAACUACAAAUUGUUCUGCCUAACAAUACGACUUUUCUGCAGUUAUUCAUUUGCUUUAUAAAUAUUGUUGUGUUUUUCUUCUCACUCCAGAACACUUCAUUUACCACUAAUGCAAUCCGUCUGAAUCAGAGAGAGAAGGAUGAAAAAGAUAAGUAAGUUUGACUCCUUGUUCUUGUUGACUGACAAUACCUUAAUUGUGUUAGAUUAGUAAACUAGUACAUUAUACUGUUAAGUAGGGACUUGAGAAACUGGAAAAAUGCAAAGGUAGACUGGAAGGUUUUCAUUUUAAAUAUAAGCUAAAACAUUGCGUUUGUUUAAACUGAAAAAUGUUCAAAUCUUUGCAGGGUUAGUCCGCACAGCUCCCAGUUUACCUGUUCAUUAACAGGACUGUACGUAGAGAUAUUUAGUUAACUAAAUUUCACAACACAUGUGUUAACACAUUUAAAAUAAACUGAGUUUUCUUAUUUAGAAAUUUUGGUUUCAACAUGGCAGCAUUUGUUUUAAAGAACAAUUGGAAAUCUGUUUGCGUAUUUGCUGUCCCUGAGCCUUAAGACAUUAUUGUUAACUACCCUCAUGGGAUUACAACAAUACAAAUAAAAAUGAAAAUAUUUCAAUCAACUGUCCAUUUGGCGUGAAAAAUCAAAGUGAAUGAAUAAAUACUAAUGCAUCAACGUGACCACCUUAAUUAAAACCGGUUAUUGACAACCAAUAAACGUGUUGUAUCACUAUAUUGAUUGUAUUUAGUUAGUUUAAGAAAAUGCAAUCCAAUUCUAAUGCUGCACAUUAUUUUAUUAAACAGAAUUAAAGUUUAUAUGCAUAGUUCAGUUUAAUUCUAGGGUUAUAUAGGAUUAACCUUUUCCUUUAAGAGCUUACUCUGAGAUCAGCCAUAGAGCAUUGUAGGUACAGUAGCCAUGAUGUGAGUCCUGUUUGGUUUCCCUUCCUUAGAGACGGGUGAAUUGAUGUAUGUGUGUGUUUCUUGCUCAUUUCAGAAAGCUGUUAUCUCAGCAUCACAGUCACCGUGUAUCAGAUGCAGUGAAUCUCAUGCAAGAGAUCUUGUCAGAAACCAAGCAGAUUCCAGCAGCAAGUCCCAAAAUAAAACCCAGUGUAUCUGGAACCCCAGGACUGCGUUCUUCUCCUAAAGGGUAAACGGCACUGUGCUUUCUGUAGAUCGUAAAACCUAUCCAUUUCUGAAUAAUACUUGGGAUGGAAUAUCUUUCAAUUUUUUUAUUUGUAAUUAUUUUUUUUGUUUCAUGUGCUAUGCCUUGGUUAUUAGUUCACUAGUUCUGUAGAGCGGUCCUGUAGCCACUAUGAACUAAAAUAUUUAUUCAGCCGUAUACUGGAACGAAUGUGGCGAUCUGUUUUGUUUUUUUCCUGUUGAUAAUUAUUGUACAUCAAGACACUUGCAUGUAAUUCUGUCUUUCAAGUCUGUACAGUGAUUUUAUUGGAUUCUGUUUUGAUUUAAAGGACACACCAGGCAAACAACUUUUUAUGCCCUGAUAACAUUUUGCCUAAAUAAUUAGCUGUAUUUUCUGUGUACAAAUUGUGCCUACAUUUUCCAGCUUUCUUUCUGUUCCAUCCUUCUAACCUGCAGUGUUCAAUAACAUUGCAUAUGUCAUCGGGCAGCACAGAAAUGUUUUCAGGUAGUUGUAGUACUGAAAUCUUGUGUCCUGAACAGAACUGAUCUGCACAGAUGGCAUUAAACUCUGCUAGCCAAACAAGCACACAUUAUGAGACAAUUGGCAGUUUUACAAAUUUAGAUUUGUGUGUAAGCUAGUGAUGGACACAUUUAUAACUUUGGCAAAAUGAUUUAAUCAACUAGUGCACAAUAUACUAUUUCACCCCUGCAGGUUUUUUUGGGGGGGUGGGAGGGGUUUAUUUUUCUAUGUAUCAUAUACAAUAUAUACAAAUGUCUGAAUUCCUGGAGUGAUUUCUAUUCUGCAUGUCCAUUCUGGGCUACUCAUACAUAUUAUUUGCAUUUAAUGCAAAAUUAUUGAUAUUACUUACCAACAUUGAUAUUUAGUUUUAUUAAUUUUUGGUGUCAUUGUAUGAUUCAUUUACAUUUUUCAAAUUCUGGCUUAGAUAAGUUUUGCAUACUAGUCAAUAUCCAUGUUUGCGUUAUAAUAGGUGGAAUAACUGUACAUCAUUUUCUUGCAGACGGUCUUCAGCUGGAAAGCACAGCUUGUCCUCAAAACCAUCGGAGAAACGAAGUUCCCUACUGAAAGGUGGCUUUUCUCAACCAAAGGCCUUUUCUACUCCUCCACAAUCAAGAUUAAGGGGUAAGAACACAGUUAGGGCUGCUAUCAGAAAUCUUGGUGUGCUAUACACAGCCAUCAGUCAGUGCUCCCCCAGAAACUUUAUUCAAGAUACACACACAGCAAGACUCGCGUACACUGAUGCACUGUCAGAUCAAAUUUCCUGGUAUAUGCAUAGAUGCACAUGGAAAUCAAAUUGGAGAACCAGAAUUCUAAUUGGAGAACAAGACACCCAAUGAUUCUUCCCACAAAACCAAAACUUUUGCCGUGUCCAUUUAUUGUGGAAUCUAUCUCCUUUCUUGAAAUGUUGGUGUAUUUAUCUUUGAGGCAGAAACAGACACAUCCACACAUCUCCUUUCGUAUUCAUCCAGAGCCAAUUGUCCCAUUCCAUCCUCCCGGUAAGCUACAUGCCUUGUCCUCCUAUACUCCAUCCCAAGGAAGUUAGACCCCAUACCCCCUUUCCCUCCUCACCCUCCCAAAUCUAUUCUUACUGCCCAUGUAGUAUGGCCAGGCCAUUAUUGGUUAAUUACCUGCACAAUAGUGAGGCCCUUAGCACAGCUGUUUGUGGGAGACCUAGUGAUAUGAUGUUUUUUCUAAAUCCCCUCCACACAGCCAUAGCAUCAGAGCCUUAGUGUGCAAAUCGAAUAGCACAAAUACAUUACAAUUUAAGGAUCCCAUCAAUGCUGCCUAGUAAUGCUGUGCAGAUGUGAUAUAUCACACCUUCCCAGCACUGCUGUCUGCAUGAAAACCAUCCAGGCUUCCCUUCCAGUAAUGGGGACACUCUCUGAUACCGUUGGCAACUGUGAUCCUUCCAUUAUUCCAACUGGAUUGUAUAGUAUUACAGGGACCCUAUGGCCCCCAUGACUUUGUCUGAUACCUUACCAGGGUACUGGCUAAAGUGGGUGUAACUCCUGAUGGUGGCUCUGAGUACAGUUGCCCGUAUAACGUUGCUGUAAAGUGAACAUAUUUAUUCAGCCUUUGAUUCUGCAAUAUGCAGCCCAAACUCUGAUUUGUUACAGGAUUCAAGGAUAACGACCAGGCAGAAGGAGCUCUGUUCUUCAGAUAGUGUUUCUUUUGCCCGGAUAUUUUAUGGUUUGAUCACUUUUACAUCAAACCCCUUCCAGCCAUGGAUCCUUCUCUUCUCCUAGCUCGGUUAGAAUGUUGUUAGAACUAGGAUUGUGCAAAAGGCUCCUACAUAUCCUCCACAGCUUCUUCCCCCCGCCCCCCGCACUUCUGUUAACCUCUUGUAUUCUAUUAAGUAACAAGGACCAUGGGUUGAAGGGGAUCAAACUGUAUGUUCUCCCUUUAGUCCAUGCAGCUAUUGAUUUAAUAGGAGAUCGGGCUGUAGGGAAGUAAUGUUUCCUAAAGGAACUUUACACAGCUUUUAUCAUCACUCAAGAAUGCCAUUACAAAGAGCAGUGUUAGAAAUUUAAAGCUAUUAAAAACCUUUAUAAAAAAUGAAAACGAUAGAAAAUAUUUGUUGAUUUUAUUGUACCCAGCUAUAGACCGGGUUUCUUGGUAAAUGAUAACACAGCAGUAAUAUAGUAAAGCAUAUAAUGAAACUUUAACAUUAGGUUUUUAGAGCCCUGCCUGCACGCUUAGAAUCUAUAGAGAGAAUGAAAUAUUUAAGUUAGGGUUUGUAUCUUAAAAUCCAGUAAAGUGUUUUUCCCCCUCUAAAGUGUAGCCAUUAUAAGGGUAUGAGCAUUGAAGUUAGUGGAAGGAUUUAGGAGACUCUUUAAAGAAGUUUUUUUUUAUGGGCCAUUUCAAAAUCGCUAGAGAGGAAGUCAAAUCUCAAACCCUAUGAAGUUCCAGUAACCAGUAACGUGCUGCCUGCGGAGUAGAGAAACAGAAGUAGAAUCACCAUGGGAAAAGAUUGAUGACGAGUUAGCAAAGUAGGGUGCUGUGGUCAAACUGCGAGAUGAUGGAUUUGGGCUUUUACACAAUUUCCUCCAAUUUUCUUCUGAAACUAAUUGAACAGGGAUUGUUUCACACUCCAGCAAUUCCAGAAAGGAAGGUCAUCUUAAUAGACAUAGUCCAUUUCAACUGGAUCGCUGUAUCAGAAUGUAUAAUAUUUCAUCUUGAUCCUCUUUAACAACAUUUAGCUCAGUAUUGACAUUUUUGAUUCGUAUUAAUCUAUCUUUACAGGUAACUCAACAUUUGUUCUUCCAAAGAGCUCACUGGACCCCAGACCAAGGGUUAGAAGAGCCCCCAGCUAUCCUGUUCAUGUGAAAUUUGGUGAGGACUUGUCAGAACGGGUCUUAUACUCUGUACUGGAUGUUUCUUUAUAUAUGUACAUACAAAGCCAACACAAAUCUAACUAGCCAUCAAUCCCUGCUCGGUGACCAGAAAAUACACAUUGGCCACAUGUAGUAACUGCAUGAAAUCAUCUGUCCUGACGGCCAGUCAGUAGCUACGUGAAUAAUUGUACAUUAGGAUAAUCAAUAACAUUUAUCCCUAUUAUCAGGCUAUACAUGCAAUUUUCAUUUCUUUUUUAUUUAACUUUACAAAAUGAAUAAAACUAUAUAAAAAAUGGGGUAGAUGUGUAAUGCUAUUAUGUUAUCUACAAAAUACACUCGUUUUCUGCACCUAUUGUACAUUUUAUUGGCAACAAAAUUCUAAACAAGUAAUUACAGCAUGGUACAAUUCUAGAGCAGCUAGUUUUUUUUUUGGUUUUUUUUCACACAGAUUUUUCCAUUUAAAAAAAUUUUUUAAAAAAUUGUGCAGUUCUUACAAGUUUUUAGUUUUGUGUAAUUUUGUAACUCAGGGGAUUUUUCUUCUUCUAGAUGCAUCUUUACCCGGAGACCGCAUGUCUCAGAUUACUCGUAGGGGACUGCUGUCAGGAAGGAAUAUGGCAAAGGUCCAUAAUCAAAUGUCUCUUAAACAAGCCCCCACACCCUCUAAAUCACAGCAUCAAGGUAGGAAUUAUUUGAUUGGAUGGAAAAAUAAAGGCAGCCAGCCCCUCCAACUAGGAUAAGAGAGGCCAUCUUCUGUACCGUGUAAAUGCAUAUCUCUAGGUGUCUCAAAUAUAAACUAGGAUUUAGGACGGGGUAGACAUUUUGCUCUGUUUAGUUUGACAGAAAAGUUUUUAUCACAAUGGUAGCACCGAACACUGAUGUUUCUGUGUUAGUUUUUCUAUUUCCUGUUAAAAGAAGAUGAUUUACUUUAAAGCGAAUGUUUUCCUGACAAUAACUCUCUACUUCUCUUAACCAGAUCUAAAGAAAUCAAAUUUUAGGCAUGUAGUUAACCAAACUACAGAGGACUUUGAGGAGGAAAGGGACGUGGUGAGCCCAUGGGAGGUACCUGAUGACAUUAACAAGAUAUUAAACAGCCACCGGAACUCACUCCUUUCUCAGGUACAAGACUGAUACUGUAACUUAGAUCCACCGGAACUCACUCCUUUCUCAGGCACAAGACUGAUACUGUCACUUAGAUCCACCGGAACUCACUCCUUUCUCAGGUACAAGACUGAUACUGUAACUUAGAUCCACCGGAACUCACUCCUUUCUCAGGUACAAGACUGAUACUGUCACUUAGAUCCACCGGAACUCACUCCUUUCUCAGGUACAAGACUGAUACUGUCACUUAGAUCCACCGGAACUCACUCCUAUCUCAGGUACAAGACUGAUAUUGUCACUUAGAUCAGGGACCAAUGAUUCUAAGAAAGGUCAAGCCACACUUAGUGGGUUUACAAGAAUUCAUUCCAUUUCUAGCCAUCUAAAAAUGAAUGGAAGAGGGCUACACCGUUCACUGAAGUCUUGGUGAUGUCUGUUUAUAUAGUUAUUAAGUAGAACAUUGAUAUGGAUCGUAUAUUUUUUCCCUUCUGCAGGGCUCAUUAUAUGAAGGCGAUGACAGCUUUCGAAAAUCCAAAAUGGAUAAUUCAUCCGAGAGCACAGGCAGCAUCCUCAGCAAACUGGACUGGACUGCCAUAGAAGACAUGGUAGCCAGUAUUGAAAAGUCGUGAGCACAGCUGGAACCAGGGGAACAUCUACUUUGGGAGAGAGUUCAAGCCCAGGUGCAGAAUGGUGAACUCCUAUUGGUUAACCCUGUAAUAAUUAUAGGGUGUCUUAUGGCUAGUGAGAAUAGGGACUCCCCUAUAGAGGCAUCAGAUUUAACCUUUUAAAAAAAUUUGACUCUUCCUGCUGGGUUUAUUUUAUUAUUAUUCAAUCACAUGCACUCGUCUAGGAAACAGAUCUGACCUUGCUGAUGGCUUGAAGCCCUCUAAGCAGAGUUUUAACUUGACUGUCCUCUGUUAGGCAUGUUCCUUCAGCUUGACUGUUUAAGCAAACCUCCAAAACACAAUAAACAUAGUUAUUGAAACAAUCUGCUGAAGCUCACUUAAGGAGAUAUGGCUAACUGAGACCAUUGCUGACCACAAAGAGGAAAUCUAUGUAAUAUUUGUAGAAUUGUUUUCCAUCUUUUUUUCUUUUCGAACUUCCAAUCAGUCAGCCCUUCUAACUCAGCUUUGCUUGAUGAAAUGUGAAUUGGGGGGAGGGAAAUCACUUUAUUUUAUUAUUACUGCUGUCUUACAUUUGUCAUUAGCAGCCCCAGUAUAAAGUGAAAUCUAGUGAACUAAAAUACAUUGUUUGUUAGUGAACUAAAAUACAAAUAUAUAUGUCCCUUGUGAUUGGCUAGGUGUAUACGGGUUAUUUUUACAUAUGGCCACAAUGUCUCAAGAUGUAAAAAAUUUUUAAAAAAAUGUAAAUUGUGAGGAUAUCAAUCUUCCUGUAUUCACUGACAAAAAAGGCCCUCCCCAUUGGAUAACGUUGGUCUGUGCUUUGGUCCAGCAAAACUCCUCUGACUCAGCCUGGGUCUCCCCUAAAAUGAGAGGUGCCUGUCCUUUGGUUAACUCUGAGCUAUUCAGUGAAUGUUGAAUUUACAGAGCAGUUCACAUGAGGCUGUGUUCGAAUUGACACAAGUCUUUUGAGAUCUGUCCGGUUAGAAAGUGGAACACCUGCAGAGUGACCUCUUUGCUAUAUAUGCGUAUAUUUGUAUUUGUUCAGUGUGAUAAUGUUUUUUUUACGCUGGUUUAGUCAUAGGCUGCUAUGUCAUAGUCCUGCCUUUUUUCAUUUUUACAUUUAUUUUUUUUUAACAUGCACACAAAAUGGCUUAAAGAGACACUGCACAUGGUGUAGUGUAAAUUGUCUUUGUUGAAUAUUCCAGAUUGUAUAACAUUUUUCUUUAUUUUAUACAUUUAUAAAUUCUAUUUUUAAAGCAACUUCUAGAAGAG